AGCCGGAGAGGGAGGGACGGACGGAGGGAGGGACGGAGGGAUGGAAGCUGAUCGCUGCGCGCCCGGCUCGCCGCCGCCGAUCGCCUCCUCCUGCCUUCCCCCUGGCGGCGGGCAGGCUGCCGCCCCUACCGAGCCGCCGACGUGGCCCCCGGACCCGGAUCGCCCCGUGCCCGCGGAGCUGCUGGAGUUCGAUGACGACGAGGACCUGGAAGUGUUCAGCAAGGUAGAGGAAAGGGGGAUCCCUCUUUCCCCGGCGUUCCCGGGGAGCCUGUCAGCCCCCUUGGCUUCCCUGGGGGUGGGGUGGAGGCAAGCAGAGCCGUCCCCCGACGGGACGCCCCCGCUCUCCUCCCCACCUCCAAGCGCAAGGCGCUCCACCCAGAUCGCGCCGCCCUUUGCCCUGAAGUUGGCCGGCUGGGAAGAAAAAGUUCUCUUUCUCUUUAUUUUUCCCGCAUCCACCCCUCCAACCCGACCAACAUGCUUGUGAUGAGGGGACCGGGACAAGAAGGGCAGGCGACCCGCCCCGUCCGGGCCCCUCUCUGCCUCGCGCCCUCCUUGUCGGUGAAAGGCUGUGGGACCCCGAGAAGUUUUGCCAAGCGCUCCUCCGGUCCGCCCGCAUCAGCAGGGAAGGUUAGCAUCCCCGCCCUUGGCAGGAAGGCGAGAAAGGGGCGGAGAGACAGCGCCGCCCACGGAACCACGAGGCUCUUCCUCUCACGGUCGUGGGUUCGAGUCCUUACGUCCGGAGAAAGAUUCCUGCCUCGCAGGGGGUCCCUUCCAACUCUACGAUUCUAGGUUGGGUGUUCAGGUUCCCUCUUGGUGCAGGGCAUCGCUGAGUCUGCUGUUGGCAUAAAGAGUGACCUAUGCCUUUGAUUUUCCCAACCCACAGGGAUGAGGAACUGGUGUCUCCAGGAUCCCUGACUGGCCAUGCUAGGUGUGACUGAGGGUCACUGGAGAUUAGAAACAUCAGGAUGGCCAAAGGAGAUUUCCCACUCCACCCCAUUCCUGACGUGGGGGGGGGGGUCUUUUUAAUGCUGCAGAACUCUGAAAGUGAAUUUGGACCCACGCAAACUUCAGGCAUCCUUUUCGGAACAAAAAUUCAUGUUGCCCUGAUAACCCUUCUUAAGACUGCUCAGCCAUCACAGCCCAUGGAAGUGGCGAGAUGUCAAGCUUCCCUUUUCUGGCCUGUUGGUGAAAAUUGGUGCUCAUGAUGGUUAUCAGGGCAGUUGCAUGCAACCCCGCUUCUGACACUUGUUUGCGCCUGCAAACGUUUUAGGGCGGAUAUAGGCCACAUGCACAUCAUACCUUUAAAGCGCUAUGGUACUACUUUCAACAGUCCCCCAAAGAAUUCUGGGAAGUGUAGUUUGUUAAGGGUGCUGAGAGUUCUUAAAGGUAAAGGGACCCCUGACCAUUAGGUCCAGUCGUGACCGACUCUGGGGUUGUGGCGCUCAUCUCGCUUUACUGGCCGAGGGAGCCAGCGUACAGCUUCUGGGUCAUGUGGCCAGCAUGACUAAGCCGCUUCUGGCGAACCAGAGCAGCUCACAGAAACGCCGUUUACCUUCCCACUGGAGCGCUACCUAUUUAUCUACUUGCACUUUGACGUGCUUUCGAACUGCUAGGUUGGCAGGAGCAGGGACCGAGCAACGGGAGCUCACCCCAUCGCAGGGAUUUGAACCGCUGACCUUCUGAUCGGCAAGUCCUAGGCUCUGUGGUUUAACCCACAGCGCCACCCGUGUCCCGUGAAAGUUCUUAGAAGGCUCCUAUUCUCCCCCGCCCCCAACUGCAGAGCUACAAUUUAGCUGUCAGUUUUUCUUGCCACAGAACUCUGGGAAUUGCAGCUCUGGGGGGGUAUUAGGGGUGUUGUAACAACCCUCUUCUCCCUUUACAAACUACACUUCCCAGAAUUCCUUGCAGGAAGCCAUGAUUGCUUAAAGUGCUUUAGCACUUUAAAUGUAUGAUGCGAGUGUGGUUAUAGUUUCAUUUCCAAUCAGUGCACAUCCCAUAACUUUUUAUACCACAAAUAUUCCGCUUUUAUUUUCUAUUUUCCCCUUGCUUUUGCUGUGCUAUAGUGCAGGAAUGCCCCACCAGAUGGCAAUGAUGUGAUAACACUGAGAAAGCAUUCAGAACAACUAAUAAAAUGAAAUGAUGUGUGGAUGACCCAGUAUAAAUCCUCCACCAAUGUGCGCUAUUGUUGUGUCAGUUAAAUGUUGCAAAAGAUACCUGCAAACAACAUAGGUCAGGAGGGGUUUUGAAGGAUACUUUAUACUUGCCAUGAGACUAGUGUGGAAAGCAGACUUCUUGUGAUGACUAAUUUCCUCUUUGCUUUAAUAAUUGGUGGUGCUUAUCACAUGGAUCAGGAGCAUCAUGUUGUUUCUCCAUAUCUGGUAGACAUGAGAGGAGGGUGUGGAGACUCUGCAGUGUCCCUAAUUUAGGCCAUGAGUUAUUUCAAAUAAUCAUACUUUGUAAAUAAUAAUAAUAAUCUCACCCAUCUGACAGGGUUGACCCAUCCACUCUGUGCAGCUUCCAGAACAUAUAAAAACAUAAUAAAACAUCAAACAUUAAAAAACUUCCUUAUACAGGGCUGCCUUCAGAUGUUUCCUAAACAUUAUAUAAUUACUCAUCUCCUUAAUAUUUGAUGCGGGGGCAUUCCACAGGGUGGGCGCCACCACUGAGAAGGCCCCUUCUCAGGUUCCCUGUAACUUGGUUUAUCGCAGUGUGGGAGCUGCCAGAAGGCCCUCGGAGCUGGACCUCAAUGUCCGGGCUGAAUGAUGGGGGUGGAGAUGCUCCUUCAGGUAUACAAGGCCGUUUAGAACUUCUGAUAACUCAUGGUCUUUCCCAGCAGUUGAGUGUGGAAGAAAUGGGAUUAUUCCUUUUUUUUUCUGGUGCAAGUUAUUCUCAUGAAAGGGAUGAGUGACUUACCCAAGACCAGACACAGGCAAACUCAGUCCUCCAGAUGUUUUGGGACUACAACUCCCAUCAUCCCUGACCACUGGCCCUGUUAGCUAGGGGUCAUGGGAGUUGUAGUCCCUAAACAUCUGGAGGGCCGAGUUUGCCUAUGCCUGCCCAAAACCAUUGAGUGAUCUUUAUGAUCUUAUUCCAGGAUUAGAACCCACCUCUUCCCAAUCCACAUCCCACCAUUCUCCAUGGUGUUGUAGCAGGGAUCCACAAAUCUUGCCUUUUGGUUCACUAACAGCCGUAAUUUGUGGCCACCACUGACUGCUUCUCUCUCCCAAGUCUGGUUUGCAGCCAGAAAUAUGGGGUACAGGAAGGAUGCUCCAUCGUGCUCUGGGCUUUGAAGCAAGCAGAAGCUAUUACAAAUCUCUUGUGCUACUCCCACCUGUUGUUUAGUCGUUUAGUCGUGUCCGCCUCUUCGUGACCCCAUGGACCAGAGCACGCCAGGCACUCCUGUCUUCCACUGCUUCCCGCAGUUUGGUCAGACAUAUGCUGGUAGCUUUGAGAACACUGUCCAACCAUCUCGUCCUCUGUCAUCCCCUUCUCCUUGUGCCCUCCAUCUUUCCCAACAUCAGGGGCUUUUCCAGGGAGUCUUCUCUUCUCAUGAGGUGGCCAAAGUAUUGGAGCCUCAGCUUCAGGAUCUGUCCUUCCAGUGAGCACUCAGGGCUGAUUUCCUUCAGAAUGGAGAGGUUUGAUCUUCUUGCAGUCCAUGGGACUCUCAAGAGUCUCCUCCCGCACCAUAAUUCAAAAGCAUCAAUUCUUCGGCGAUCAGCCUUCUUUAUGGUCCAGCUCUCACUUCCCUUCAUGGAUCACUGCCUUGCCGUGGCGAAGGGGCUUGAAUAACUCAGAGAAGCUAUGAGCUAUGCUGUGCAGGGCCACCUAAGUUGGACAGGUCAUAGUGGAGAGUUUUGACCAAUCGUGAUCCACCUGGAGCAGGAUCCGGCAAGCCACUCCAGUAUCCCUGCCAAGAAAACUCCAUGGACAAAGACAACAGGCAUAUAGAAGCUCCCACCUACUUGAUGGAUAAGCACAACUUCACGAAGCACCCGCCUUCCCUCCUUCUUGCAGUUUAGGAAAGGGUUUAUUUCAUGCACUGCCAUUUGGAAGAGGAGGAGAGAUUCUUUGAGUGGCUUCUGCCUGCUCCAUUGACCAUAGUGAUGUAAUAGACUCCCUGCUCCACAAUAGGACUUGAGUGAUGGGCGUCUCUUAAGUUUCAUGGAAAGGGAGCUGUUGCAUGUGGAUCUGAAGAAGACUAAGCGAGGAACAGGCAACUCCCAUCUCAUGCGGGGGUUAUGUUCUGAGGCACCACACAUGCAGUGAAACUGCAUAUAUAUGAAACGCCAUUGGCAGAUCCUGCAAACACCCUCUGGAAACCCUUGAAAAAACCCUUAAAAACCAGCAGCACUUACCAGCUGGCCAUGAAUACUGGCAAUCGCUCCCUCCAAACCUCUUUGCUCAAACUCCAGCUCUCCACAGGCCUCAACAAUUGGUUGAAGGGCUCCUGGGAUUGCGCUUGCAAAGGCUGGGGAGAUUGCUAGGCACUGUUUAUGCGCCUUUUUGCCCUUUCUGGGCUAUUUUGCCAUUUUAAAAGUUGCUUCCGGGUUCAGUGCAAUGAGGCGGUCGCACGUCAAUUAGACAUGCAUAAAUUGGUCGUUGCUUUAUUUCUGGGCCAAACGCCACGAUUAACAGGAGUAUAAAUGCUCUGCUAGCAAAUGAGGAAGGACAAAUGCAGAUAGCAUAUCACCUCCGCACAAACAAAUCAGGAGGAAUGCACAUUGAAGACUGGAUACAAUCUAACCUCCAUGUUAGAUAGGUCUGAGGGAGAUUCCCUGACUGAUAUUCUGGAGCUGCCAGUCCAAGUAGACAAUACUGAACUUGAUGGACCAGUGGCCUGACUGUGUUCCUUCCUAAGGGUUAUAGGCUGAUGCUUUGUCUUAUUGUUGUUGUUGAUACUUCCUUAGUCAGUAAAUAAAUUUGUAUUCCAGCCUUCAUCUGCAGAUCUCAGAAAUUUGUAUACAGUGGUACCUUGGUUCUCAAAUUUAAUCUGUUGCGGAAGUCCGUUCCAAAACCAAAGCAUUCCAAAACCAAGGCGCACUUUCCCAUAGAAAGUCAUGCAAAAUGGAUUCAUCCAUUCCAGACUUUUAAAAACAACCUCUAAAACAGCAGUCUAACAUGAAUUUUACUCUCUAACGAGACCAUCGAUCCAUAAAAUGAAAGCAAUAAACAAUGUACUGCAGUCACACAAUCAAUCAAUCAGUCAAUCAGUCAAUCAGUAAGUAGCUGAACAGGGUUCCACACAGUCACUAAAACAAAACAAAAGAGCCACAAAUACAAAAACGCAAAAUAAAUAGGAAAAACAGACAGACCGCAGCGUAACACUCAAAACGGAAAUGUGGCAUUCAAAACAGAAGUGUGGCACUCAAAAUGGAUCACGUUCGGCUUCCGGAUCUGCAGUGUUUGGGUUCCAAGUUGUUUGAAUAUCAAGGUGUUUGAGAACCAAGGUACCACUGUACUGCCCUUCAUCCACAGAUCUCAAGAUAAAUUUACAAAAAAGAACCUCAGAAUACAUAGUAAAAGUAAGAGCAGUAACAAACCAAUAAUCCCCCCCACAGCACAUUUAAAGGGGCUUCGUACAUUCUAAAGUGCUAACCACCACUGUUAUAUAUUCUCAGGCAAAGAAUUUAGUUUUUAAGGUCAGAGUUUGGUUUGAAAGGCUCAUGGCCUAAAUUAAUCAUGGCAUAUUUCAUUGUGAAGAAAUUAGUGACUAACAGUCGUUUUGUAUUUCUCGAGUUUGUUAAAUGGCAGCGUGUGCAUUUGAAUCUCUUUCUCUGAGCCAAACGUCAGGAGCCCUGCCUCUAGGUAGGAAUGCCUGCGGCACUAGCCUGGGUCAAGUCAGGUCUGUAACUAUUUUAUUGUUAUUAUUUAUAUGUUAAACUAUUUCUACCCUUCCUUUCCAUUAAAAGAAGAAACCGAGCUGGCUUACAAAUAGAUUUAGGUACAGCUUCAUAAUAUACAAUAAAAAGAUAUAAAGUCCCGAAACAAGUUUAAGAUAAAACAGCAGAGAGGUAUGACUCAAGUAAAGAAAACUGGAAAUGUAGAAUAUUUCACAAAUUGGCAGAAAAAAUUGCCUGAUAGAAGAGAAAGCUGUGCUUUGGUCUUCAGAAGGUCUUUAGAAGCAAGUGAGACAGGUCUCCCUAGGGAGAGAAUUCCCAAGCCACUGAGAAGGCCAUCUCCUAUAUCCAAACUAAAUGAAAUUCAGAUAUUGAAGAGAUGCAAAGGAGAACUUCCCUAGAAGCUCUUAGACUGUGUACAUAUUUCUGUUUUAUUCUGGCUCCAGUGCACUCCCACCUCUGGUAUUUGAAGCCAUGAUACUAGCCAAAAUCCACAUCUAUAUCUCGUAGUUCAGGCUUCCUCAACCUCGGCCCUCCAGCUGUUUUUGGCCUACAACUCCCAUGAUCCCUAGCUAGCAGGACCAGUGGUCAGGGAUGAUGGGAAUUGUAGUCUCAAAACAUCUGGAGGGUUGAGUUUGAGGAAGCCUGUCGUAGUUCCUUGAUAAACACUGCUGUCUGGUGCAUUUCCCCUUAGGCCAGUUUCCAUCUGAUUUGAAGAUAUAGGGCAUAUUCACUUUGCUGUUAAGUUGAGGUUUAUACAUUUGAGGCAGACUUUGCACAUGCAUGUACGACAGCUUCGUGCAUAUGAGUCGAGGUGAGUCACAGAGGUGGAGAAGCCAAGCAGCCAACGUGUAUUCAGUGAAUGCAUCCCUGUCCUGCUCUCUGCUGUGUACAGCAAUGUGCAAGUGUGACUUGAGAUGGAGAAGGGCCUGGGGACGAUCUCGCUGUGUGUUCAGCUGAUAAUGUGCACAUAGUUUUAGUGAGCAGGCAGGCUACUGGUUGUUAGGAUCUGAACACUGCCAUGCUCAAAUAGGCCACGGAGAAGUCAUGGAGGAGUUUUCCUGGCAACCCCACAUGCAUUAAAAGAACAUAGAAUCAUAGAGUUGUAGAAUUGGAAGGGACCACAAGCGUCAUCUAGUGCAGGCUAUUAUUAUUGUUGUUGUUGUUGUUGUUGUUGUUGUUGUUGUUUUCUUUGUACCCCACCCAUUUGACUGGGUUGCCCCAAGCACUCUGGGUGGCUUCCAACAAAUUUAGGUAAAGGUAAAAGAACCCCUGACCAUUAGGUCCAGCCAUGGCCGACUCUGGGGUUGUGGCGCUCAUCUCGCUUUAUUGGCCAAGGGAGCCAGUGUACAGCUUCCGGGUCAUGUGGCCAGCAUGACUAAGCCGCUUCUGGCGAACCAGAGCAGUGCAUGGAAACACCGUUUACCUUCCCGCUGGAGCGGUACCUAUUUAUCUACUUGCACUUUGACGUGCUUUCGAACUGCUAGGUUGGCAGGAGCAGGGAUGGAGCUCACCCCAUUGUGGGGAUUCGAACCGCCGACCUUCUGAUCGGCAAGUCCCUUUUUCCAACAAAUUUAAGGCAUAAUAAAACAUUAAAAACUGCCUUCAGAUGUCUUCUUAAAGCUGCAUAGUUAUUUAUCUCUUUGACAUCUAUGGGGAGGGCACCACUGCCGAGAAGGCCCUCUGCCUGGUUCCCUGUAACUUCAUUCUCUCAAUGAGGGAACCUCCAGAAGGUCCUCGGAGCUGGACCUCAGUAUCUAGGCUCAAGGAUGGGAGUGGAGACUCUCGUUCAAGCAUACAGGGCCAAGGCCAUUUAGGGCUUUAAGGGGGAACCUAGAUGAGGCCAGAGUGUUCCUUUGUGUGGAAGAGCUGUUUGUGCAUAAUUCAAGGAUAGAGUCCCUUUCAGUGUGCUCCAAACCUGUGGAUGGCAGACAUGUGUGUAGCGACCAGACGCAUUGGUAUGUGUGGUGGGAUUAGUUCACAUUACCCACAACCCCCUUGCACAGUCGUGUGUGUUUGUGUAGGGUCAUGUUAACCCUGGUUGUCCAAGUAAUUGUCUAUGCUUCAGGGCAGAAGAAUGGGAAAUAUUGAGAAAAGAGUGUAAAGGCAAGCCUGUCAGUUGGGAAAGGAGCAAAAACAAAACCCUAAAGAGCCAUGUGGCAGAGGAAAUUUGAAACCAUGAGCAGGAUAUUUAUGACCGAUGGCUGUCCUGAAGCAGGAAGUUUGUAGAAGACUUCAAACUGUUCGCAUGGCCAGAAUUAAAGCCAUUUGGGGCUUGAGAGAAUUUGGCAAUCAAAAGGUGACACCUUGGAACAAAAAAGAAUUACCUUACUUCCAUGAUCAAUCUGUGAGGUAAAACUGUUCCAGGAUACUGUAGUUCACCAGUUACUGGUUCAAAACCAGCUGUUUGAAAUGGCAAACAUUCAACCCCUGCUGCCUUUCUACAAAUUAAGCAGAAGAGCAUUCACAGAGCAGCUGUAGGAGACGACACACAUUUUUCAUUCUUGAAAACCCGUGUUCACAGAUCUGUUUAUGACAGAAAUUUAUGGAGUGAAAAAUCCAAAUGUCAGCAUCUUAGAUUUGACUGCUAGAUUUGCUCCUGAAUAGAAGCCUAAGAGGCAUUAAUGAAUCAUUUAUGAAUUGUACACUUCUCCUAAUGUUUAAAAAUACAUCCGGCUAAUGCUGAAAUAAUAUUUCUGCUUCUGCUCUGUGUACAGAAUCCUCUUUGGGUGGUGAUGGGGUAAACACUGGAAGGCAACAAUUUAAUACUUGAAUAUGCUGAUUCCAAAGUCCUCCAGAACAGGAGCAGAUUCUGUCAAGUGAAUUUGGGGAAGUGGAUGGGCUGAAAUAGGUGUGUGUGUGUGUGUGUGUGUGAGAGAGAGAGAGAGAGAGAGAAAUUCAUUUCUUCUCCUUAGCCAUCCCUGUGCCCACUACUACAAAUCACACCGUUCCCCACACUUUGAACAAAUUUGUGUGUUGCACACAAGGAGUCCCAGAUUGUGAGAGCCUCCAUAGAAAUUAAUAGGAACCUUCCCCAUCAUGGCAUUCCCCAGAUGCAUUAGACUACAGCCAGCGUUCAAAAUUUGGCAGGCUCCAAGUGCAUUUUGCCCUGGCUAUCAGCCACUUGCGACCAAGUGAAGAUUCCCAGGUGCUAGGAUGGUGACUGACCUCUCCACCAUCUGCAGGUGAAUGCCUGGGGAUCCUUGGAUAUAUAUUUUUUAAUUCAUUUAUUCUUUUUUUAAUACUGACAGCAACCACAAAAACCACAUACAACAAAAACCACAAGAACACUAAUAAUACAAUUUAACAAUUCAGAUUUGAGUACAGUGGUACCUCAGGUUACAUACACUUCAGGUUACAUACGCUUCAGGUUACAUACGCUUCAGGUUACAGACUCUGCUAACCCAGAAAUAGUGCUUCAGGUUAAGAACUUUGCUUCGGGAUGAGAACAGAAAUCGUGCUCCGGUGGCACGGCAGCAGCAGGAGGCCCCAUUAGCUAAAGUGGUGCUUCAGGUUAAGAACAGUUUCAGAUUGAGUACAGACCUCCAGAACGAAUUAAGUACUUAACCUAAGGUACCACUGUACUGAUAUACCUAUAACUACACCCUUUUAACAAUAUUUCCCCACCUCUCCUCCCCCUACUUCCCACCAUUUUCUGCCUUAUCGCUUAAGUAUUCCUUCCAGAUUUCUUCAUAUUUAUCCAUUCUUAAUUUGCGUCGAUAUGCAAUUUGUUCGUAUGUAACUAGUCUGUCGAUGUUGUCAAUCCAUGUGCUCAAUGGGAUCUUUUUGUGGCUCUUCCAAUUCAUCAAAACAAGUUUUUUUGCUUCUAAUGUGGCACGGUACAUCCUUGGAUCUUGACCGUUUUCACACACUAAUGCCACACCCUGUGGAAUUUUAUCAGUUAUCUUUUAUCUGCACAAUCGGAAUGAAUUUCAGGAACCAAAACUUCGUAUUGAAAAAUGCAACUUUCAAGCCGCCUGGCCCCAAAAUGCCAACUAAGCAAUCCUUUUUGGCUAUUGUAACCCUGGUUUAAGGAGCCAUUUGGCAUCUAGCUUAUAUAUCUGAGUUUCUAACACUGACUACAAUACCCAUCAUCCUUGACCAUUAACCAUGCUCGCUGAGGCUGAUGGGAAUCGCUACCUUCCCAUCUUCACUAAGUCUUCACUAAGAUUUUUAGCCAUUCCUGUGUCAAAAUACCAUUUUCUGAUAUUGGUACACUGUGGUAUAGCGAUAUUGAAUGGGAAGCAGCCUUCUCAUUGUUUCCUGGUCAGUAUUUACUUUAUUUUAUUUUCAUAAACCGGUUUUUACGAACAUUAAUAAAAGAUUUCCUAUGAAAUCAAUAUUAAUAUGAAGGAAAUUCCUCCGUUUCCAUGCCCCCUCUAUGUAUUCAUCUUCAAAGUUUGCUGCCUAACCAAAACAUUAUUUUUCUAGUGCAUGAGUACCUGGAGGUAAAUUGACUUCAUAUAUCAUUUUUCGCAGCUUGCACAAUGGAAAUAAAACAGCUCCCUAAAUGGUGAAAAAUGAGAAUCUUAAAACUGUCAAGUGUAAUAAUCCAGAUUAUUACUCAAAGCAUAAACAUAAAGCACAUGUGAUUUUAGCAGCUACCUGGCUGUGUGGCCUAAUGGUGCCCCUGGUGUUUAGAAAGCUUGGAAGGUGCCUUGGAAGAUAAUAAUGUAGGCCAUCAUCCUUUGUCAUCAUUCCUGAUAGGCAUUAGAUUCCCGGACUUUUAUAUUCUGUAUAAAGAACUUUGACUAAUAUGUUUUAAAAGGUUACAAAACUGCUCUGCAGAGGGCUGCUUUUAUGGUUUAUCUGUGUCAGACAUCUGCUUUGAAAUCUAGCUGGCACCGGGGAACAACUUAUGCCAAUUUAUCCCUUUUCUGCCUUUGGAGCCAGUGUGGCUCUGCAGCUAAGAGUAUAUAUUAUGAAAUUUAAAGUUACCAGUUUAAAUUUCACCUCUGCCAUAAACUCACUAUGCUGUGUGGCUUUAAGCAAUUCUUUCAGACUUAGAUCAUCCAUCUGCAGGAUACGAGUACAGUGGUACCUCAGGUUACAGACGCUUCAGGUUACAUACGCUUCAGGUUACAGACUCCACUAACCCAGAAAUAGUACCUCAGGUUAAGAACUUUGCUUCAGGAUGAGAACAGAAAUCGUGCUCUAGUGGCGUGGUGGCAGGAGGCCCCAUUAGCUAAAGUGGUGCUUCAGGUUAAGAACAGUUUCAGUUUAAGAACGGACCUCCAGAACGAAUUAAGUUCUUAACCCAAGGUACCACUGUAUAUGAAACUUAUAUACUUAAAGGCAGUGCUGUUUUUCUAGAACACUAUGAAUGCCCUCGUUUCUCUUACAGUGGCAAUGGCACCCACCUGACAGGUGCCAGAACUAAGUUCUGGUGAGUUCCGGCUGAAAAAAGACCUGAUUAAAGGCAUUAAGGAGUUUGAUGGUGAAGCGCUCUAGGCAUGCAUAUCUGAGUCCCAUUUUCCAGCACCCUUAAACUACAGUUCCCAGGCUUCUUUGGAGGAAGCCAUGUGCUCAAAAAGUAUGGUGUCAAUGUGCCCUUGGGCAGAAGGAAGUCAUGAGGGUGGUUCAGAGAUUAUUUGUGGCACCGGAACGGCCAGAAGCCCUCCUGGUUUUGCAUCCGUCAGGUUGGAAGGUAGAAGAGCUGGAAGCAUGCCAGUUCCAGGGUUCAUUCUGGAAGCAGGUCAGGGGGAGAAUGCAAAGCCACCCCAACACUCAGAACUGCCCUCACAUUUCCUCUCUGCCAUUGGAGAACUGAUAGCAGAGGAGCAAUGUGGGUGGUUCUUUCCAUGUGUCUGGGAUGGGCCUCCCUUUCCACCCACAAUCCACAAUCUUCUAUGGCCUUUGGAAUGCCAUCUCAGGGAUCAUAGGAUUGUGCCCAAAAUGUGUUAUAUCCAUGUCCUGAAUGGGGUAACUGUGCCCCUGAAGGGCCAGGUAUGCAGCCAUUUUGGACUCACAGCUGUCCAUGGAGGCGCAGGUUAAUUCUGUGUCCGGGGAGGCUGUCUACCAGCUCCAUCUGGUACGCAGGCUGAGACCCUACCUGCCCGCAGACUGUCUCGUCACAGUGGUGCAUGCUCUAGUUAUCUCCCGCUUGGACUACUGCAAUGUGCUCUAUGUGGGGCUACCUUAGAAGGUGACCCGGAAACUGCAAUUAAUCCAGAAUGCGGCAGCCAGACUGGUGACUGGGAGUGGCCGCUGAGACCAUAUAACACCAGUCUUGAAAGACCUACAUUGGCUCCCAGGAUGUUUCCAAGCACAAUUCAAAGUGUUGGUGCUGCCCUUUAAAGCCCUAAACUGCCUUGGCCCAGUAUACCUGAAGGAGCGUCUCCACCCCCAUCCAGCUCUGAGGUCCAGCUCCAAGGGGCUUUCUGGCAGUUCCGUCACUGCGAGAAGUCCCUCCCAUCAGAUGUCAAGGAAAUAAACAACUAUCUGACUUUUAGAAGACAUCUGAAGGCAACCCUGUUUGAUGUUUUAUUGUGUUUUUAAUAUUCUGUUGGGAGCCGCCCAGAGUGGCUAGGGAAACCCAGCUGGAUGGGCGGGGUAUACAUAAUAAAUUUAUUAUUAUUAUUAUUAUUAGCAUCACAGAAGUUGAGCCAAUAAAAAUAUUUAAGUUUCUAUUCCAUUAUUACCCCCCUCCUUUGUGCGAUAGCAGAAGACACAUGCAAGCUGAUGGGUUUGAGAAACUGCUGCAAAUUACUAGUGAAAGAGCAAAUCACUUUUAAAUAAUAUUAAAAUUAAGCAGAUCCACCUGCAGGCUUACAGUUUAAAGACACAUUGCCAGGGGGGCAGGACAGAAAAAUAAAGGGUGGGAAAAGAGACUGAAGGCCAGUAAGAAAGUUCCAGGGUAAAUAGAUGAUGAUGAUUUAUUAUCUAUUUGAUUUAGAUUCUACCUUUUCUCCCAAAAGAGUCCAGGGCUAACAUAUGACAUUAUAAAUACUGGAACAUAACUAAAAGUGCUGCAAAAAAAUUUUUUUUUAAGGUUUAAAACCCACUUUUGGUAUAGAUAUCUAAAUUUCCAAGCUGUGCUCCCAUUGCUAAAUAUAAAGGGUUCUGUAAGGUUUAGGUUUUAGAUUGGAAGCUUUGCUGUACAAGUGUCUUGCAGCAGCAGACAAAGAAAGACGAGACCAUAGAUCUAGAUAAGGAAGACCACGGAAAUACUUGAAAGUAAGCAUAAGAAGCUUAGUGCGAAGUCAACAAGCAGGAGAAAGCUGGUGAAUGGAGUGGUACAAAGGAGUAAGUGAUCUGAAUGAUGAGAGGGAGGUAUCAUGGUAGUGAGGACAGUUAAGGCACAGCAGAGAGCUUUAAGUAGGAAGGCAGGCAUCAAAACUUAAAAUAAUUGAGGGGUGAGCUGUGCCAAACAGGGCCAUUGGGCAUAGGCCAGACUCUGAGGGGGCUGAGUGGAUCCCCAGGGAGAGAAUCCCAGCUGGGCAGGGGUGGGGAGAGAGGUGUGACCUUUGGGGAAUCUCUCCAUCUGGGGUGCUGGUAGGGAAAUCUCUGGGGGGGUUCCCAGGCUGCCUUGGCUUCUCUCAUCUUCUCAGGAAUCUGUGACUCAUCCUGGAGAGGGAUCCCUAAAAAGGGGGAGUUUCAAUUCCUCCCAGCCUCUGUUCUACCCUGGAAGCUAAAUUCCACCCCCCUCACCAUGGCCAGGGCAAGCUGAAGCUGCUGCUGCUGCAUUGGAGGUUGGAAGACCUGAACACAGGACACUGUCUUAUGUGGAUUCCGGCCAUGUGUCCACCUGGGAAUCAACAACUUGUUUUAGAUUCUGAGCUCCUCAGGAAAGAUGAGGCUUAAUCUGAAUGGAAGGAGGAAGGUGGAUGGUUGACCCGGUCAGGCUGUUAACUGGGCCUCUCUCCACAACCUCUGAGAUUUCCCACCCAGGACCCUUAGAGACAUCUGGAGAGACUCUGAUGCCCAAGUCUGAGCUCAUCUGCUUGCUUGAAAAAUAUAAAUACAGAGAUGUUGGUUGUCCAGGAGAAAUUGAAAGCAGGCAAUGGAGAAGACGGCCGGAAUUGUCGGGGGCCAUGUGUAGUUUUAUUCGGAAUAACAAACCACUUAAAUGACUGGAUUGUGGAAUCUGCUGCAGUCAGUGUGCACAACUAACUUCACAUCGACAAGGAGAAAGCAUCACACACAGGAGGAACCAUUUAAAUGUAUGGAGCAUGGAAAGAGUGAGAGUGGAACACUUAAGAAACAUCAACAGACUCACACAGGGGAAACUAUUUAGAUGAAUAGAAGGCUGAAAGGGUUUCAGUCAGGGUUGACUCCUUCACAUCAACGAACUUGCACGUGGGAUAAACCAUUCAGAUGCAUUAAAUAUGCAAAGAGCUUCAGGAGUCAGAACUUACUGUACGUCUACAAACUCAUACAGAGACAAACAGAAAGAGAAGUGUUUUUUGUUUAGUUUUUUGUAUUUCCCUUACUUACCGUCAAUGAACACAGGGGAGAAGCCAGUUAAAUGUCUGCAAUGUGGAAGGACCUUCAGUGAGAAACCCAUAGAAAGCAUCAAUGGGCUCACACAGGGGAUAAACCAUUGAAAUGUAUGGAGUGUUAGAAUACUGCUUUAAAUGUAUACUGCAUAUGAGGCCAAAGACGAGGCAAAGGUCUGCACACAGAGACAAAAGGAAAGAGCAGUUUUUUAAAAGUACUUGAAGAGAGGCACAAACUACAUUAUCUAUAACAAGAGAAAAUGUUGAAAAAUACAUUGAAAAACCCUUGAAGCCAUCUGUCAGGGAACUGACAUCGGAGCUAGAGGCGGAGGGAAGGCUCUCAAAUGAUGCUGGAGAAGGGCCCAGCAGGGAGAGAGGCAGCUCCGCAGAUGGGGAAGCAAAUCAGCGCAACACCAGGGAUAAAGGGGGGCAGAUGGGGGAAUCGGCGAGAGGGCUCCAGGAUUCUUCACCGGACACCAGCGGGGAGAGCACGGGUCCUCCGCUACCCACGCCCUCCCUGCGCAGAAGACUUCCGCGCAGAGAGAGUAGGAGGAGACUGGGUGUCAAACAACUUUUAUAUUGGAAAAGAUUUAAGAAACGCCCACUGACGGAUUCUGCUAGCGACUGAGGCAGCCACGAAGUGAAGGGCUGCCCAGACUGAAAGGUUUAACAAGGCAACAAAGCCAGGAGAGGCGGCAACUUACGCUCGAGCAACCCAUACUCAUUACACCAUCUAUCAAAUGUACCAAAAGCAGAAGGCGAGUACUCUGUGAACCAACCAGAACGUACAAGAUGGAAUAGCAUUCACAUUUGUGCUUUCACUAGGGCUGGAUAGACCUUUUUUGAGAUAUUGCAAUGUAAGAUGUGGUUCCAUGAUGGAAGAAAGAUGGGCUAUAGACAUAAGGAAAUAUACACCCAGUCCAUCUGUUUUGCCAGUCAACUAAUUGUACUUAACACCUAGAAGAUUAUGCACAUCUCAAUCUACAUUUAAAAAAAAAACACAGCAAAAACAUCCUACCAGUUCAAUUUGGCUCAGAUACAGUAAGCAUCACGAUACAUAUUGGGGAGUGAGCAUCCAUAUAUUAAGAUACAGCUGUGGAAGGAGGGUUUCUGGUGAGAAACUGACAUGGGGAAAAGAUUGAAGUAUUUUGGUCCUGAUCAAGUUUGGGAAUGGGCCUUGUGGCUGCACUUUAUAAACAAAAAAGAUGUGAUCUGCCUAAGCAUUGUUUUGGAUGACAUUCAUAAAGUCACAUCUAAUGUGUCCCUUAUUUUAUCCAUGUUGCAUAUGACAUGAGAGAAGGUAGUUCGUUGAAGGACAUCCCAUGUGGUUUGUGGUGAAGAACUGCACCAGGGACUUCCUGAUCUAUGGAUCAUUCCCUUAGCUACAUUGGUUCUCUAACUCUAAUCCUAGAGAGGCAGUGAUUUGUGUUUGUGAGAAAGAAAAGUUAAAAACAACCACCCAAUGUUCAAUGCAAAGAAAGGCUCCCAUGGCAGCUCAGGGAGUUUUUCGGGAUGCAAAGUCACCUUUUUGUGUGACUUAGCAAUUUAUAUCUUGUAAUGAUCUGCCAGGAAAAGAAGCAUGGAAUACUGGCACUUUAGCCAUUGUAAAAAUGUGGUAUCCAGUGCAAAGUUAAGCUUCCUUUGUACAAAGGGGUUCUGUUGCUCGAAAAGAAACAAAAAGGCAAAGAUGCAUGACCUUUGGAAAUCAGGGAAAGCACCACAGUCAUCCCAGACUUGAAGGGGAUUUUCACGGCAAUAAAAGCUAUUGUGUCUUGCUGAUUGAUUGAUAUGUCUUUUUCACCCCUUUUGAUGCUUCAUUGAUAACUGAGUAGCCAGUUUUCAAGGCGAUUGCCAUUGUGGAUCUGGGUGUUGCCUGACAAUAAAAAAAACAGCUAGUUGAGACUGGUGUGCCAGCGGUGGGGGGCAGGGAUGCAAUGCUGGAAAAGUGUUUUGAGAAAGCCUGAGAAUAAAAUAUUUUAUUAUAUAUGGAAAAAGCAGUUAACCAGAGAGAAGUGAGUCAAUAAUUUAAUCUUCAAGUGUUAAUGGCUCCCAUUAGGAGCCAUUAAAUCGCACAUUGAGCCAUCUUACAAUGCCAUACAAGACCCAGACUGGAGAAUCCUUGCUCCUGCAACUGUUGCUGAACUACGGCUCCCAUCAAGCGUGGCAAAUGGCCAAGGAAGAUGGGAGUUGUAGUUUAGCAAGGUUCCACAGACCUGCAUUGCAGCAGCAUCGGUGGCGGACUUUGGGCUCUCAAAUUUCAGCGGCGCCCUGUGCGAUGCUAAAAUCUGGCAUUCCACACCCCACCCCGUUCUGCAGCAUUCUUGUGACCCCCCCUGCAGUGGGGCACCCAGUUGGUCACACUACCCUAAAACUACCUCUGCAACCAUCCAGUUCCCAGGGGUGGCUCCUCCCUCCUCCAACUGUCACCUCUCCACAGGGGCUUCUGUUAAGCCACUGUACCCUGAGGUGAGUGAGAAGCAGCAGUUACAGCCUUUUCUCAAUGAACAAUGGCCUUUUCUAUUAAUAUUGUAAACCCUUGCACUGCUUGGAUUCAAGCCGAGAUAAUUCACCAUUUGCUUACUUUCCAUGACAUUCAAAAAUAGCUGCCUAAGGUAGGAAUGGUCCUGAAUGUGCCUAAUGGUAGGAAUGGUUCUGGUUAGUACUUGUCGAUGCCCCCAUUUCCUUACAGUCUUGAAGACUGAUAGUAUGAUACAUUCCUUUGGAUUAUGGUGAAAGCCCCACAGAUUUUAGCCUCACAACCUAUGACAAAUCAAUGAUAUAAUAUAGGAGUCACUACGAGUAAGUUGUAUCUUUUUGGUGUAAGUGGCAAUUCUUUAAAAUCCCUUGUUUUGUCCACAGGAUGCCUCCCUCACCGAGAUCAAUUCAUUCAGUCCUUUGAUGCCCACAUCCCCGUCUUCGAUGAUCAACCAGUACAAAUUUGACGAUGAACCAGAAUUAAAGGAUCUUUUCAUUACAGUUGACGAUCCGGAAAGCCACAUCACUGCCCUAGAGACGUUCAUCACCUACAGAGUUGUUACAAAGGUUAGUUUCCUAUUGCCACAAAUUUCCGCUUUGGCCAUUUAAAGUAAACUUUGCAGCUGGUACUGACGUCGCAGGUGUUGUGUGGUAAGGUAAAGGUAAAGGGACCCCUGACCAUUAAGUCCAGUCAUGACUGACUCUGGGGUUGCGGCGCUCAUCUCGCUUUACUGGCCGAGGGAGCCAGCGUACAGCUUCCGGGUUAUGUGGCCAGCAUGACUAAGCCACUUCUGGCGAACCAGAGCAGCGCACGGAAACGCAGUUUACCUUCCCGCCGCAGCGGUACCUAUUUAUCUACUUGCACUUUGACGUGCUUUUGAACUGCUAGGUUGGCAGGAGCAGGGACCGAGCAACGGGAGCUCACCCCAUCGUGGGGAUUCAAACCGCCGACCUUCUGAUCGGCAAGUUCUAGGCUCUGUGGUUUAACCCACUGUGUGGUACUUGGUGAGAAAGAAGCAUGUCUGUUCCGCUUGCCUUAGAGCAGGGGUUGGCAAGGUUUACCUCCCAUGCGCCAGUUCACUCCAGCGGAGAUCUCUCUGUGGGCUGGAUUGCGUGCCUGAGUGCGCACGCAAUUUCCGACGUCUGUGCAGAUUUCCAACAUCUGCAUCUGCGCAGAUGUGAUUUCCGGCAUCUGCAUCUAUGUAGACGCGAUUUCCGGCACCGCGGAAGUGAGUCCCCACGCCAGUUUAGCGCAGCUCACAAGGACUCACCGAGCGGGCGACUUGGUUCAGGAGCAGCUCGUGGGCUGGUAAAACGACCCCCAUGGGUUGUUUGUCGCCCAUGGGCCUUAGGAUACCUAUCCCUGCCUUAGAGGAAGCCAGAUGUUGUCAGACUAUAGCUCUCAUCAUCCCUCACCACUGGGACUGAUGGGAAUCCGAGACAUUACCUGGGGGGCAGCUACUCCUACCUGAGAGGGCUUUGGGCUUGGGCUUUUCCAACAGCCAUGUGACAGACUUUUUGAAAUAAGAAUAAUGUUGAAGGGUUUUUUUACCCCCAAAUAAGGGGGGUUUCAAAAGCUGUGUGUGAUAUAGCAUGUGAUUCUGCUGUGGCUGGGAAGGAAUGGUCAGCAAGAAUGUUGAUUGCACUAAAUCGGAAGACUGGAGAAAUACCAACUAAAGAACAAUGGCAAGAGAAGUUGAUGAACUAUGCAGAACUGGCAAAAAUGACAGAUAGAUUAAGAGAAAAAGACAACAGUGACUUCGAAAAAGAAUGGGAACCAUUUAUAUUAUAUUUGCAGAAACAAAGAAAGUCAAUAGACUUGAUGGCAGGAUUUAAAUAAACAUUCACAUUAUUAGUAUUAGAAAAUGUUUAGAAAAUAGUGAAAUAUUAUUGUGUAUUUAAUUUUAUUUAUGAUGUUAUGUUAUUAAUAACUUUUUCUGUUAGGAGAUAUCAAAGUGGGUGAAAAGAGAAACAAACCAGAAGCAGAAGUUGGGGGAAGCCCUGGAAGGGAGGGAGGGAGGAAUAUAUAAUAAAUGUUAAGAAAUUGAGAUGUAUGUAAUGAAUGGGGGAAAAAAUGAAUGUAAAAAAAUGGUCAGAAAUCCCAUGGGGUGUCCUGGCCAAAGCUAUUUAUAUGAAUGGAAAGAUAACAAGGAAGUGGUUUGGCAGUGCUGCCUGCCAGUUUAUGAUAGUUACCUUCUGCAUACAUACAUACACACAAACACACACCCCUGCAUCUAUAUCUACAGUUCUACACACACAUAUUCCUGCCUUGUGAUUAUGCUUUAUAACCUUUCACAAAUAUUUCUCCUAUACACAUACACACACAUGUUUGUCUGGCAGUUACACGACAAUAUUAAAAUGAGGGGUGAUGAAUAUAGGAAUAUACAGUGGUGCCCCGCAAGACGAAUGCCUCACAAGACGAAAAACUCGCUAGACGAAAGGGUUUUUCGUUUUUUGAGCUGCUUCGCAAGACGAAUUUCCCUAUGGGCUUGCUUCGCAAGACGAAAACGUCUUGCAAGUUUGUUUCCUUUUUCGUAAAACCGUUAAAACCCAAGGUGCAUUGCUUCAAGAGGUGCAGUUGCGACUUGACUUCGAGGAGCAACUCAUAUCAGGCGGUGUGGUAGCCUUUGUUGAGGUUUUUGAAGACAUUGGCGAUUUUUGAAGCUUUUCCAAAACUUCUUUUGCAGCCAUUUGGUAAGUUAAACUUUUAAAACUUUUUUGGGGUUUUUGGAUUUUGGGUUGGGGUGUUUGGAAUUCAAGGACUUGAUGUUGGGGAGGGGUUUGCAAGAAUCUGGAAGCUUGUGUGUUUUCUGGGAGGUUUUGUGCUUUUGAAAUUUUUGGAUGUGAAGCACUGAUUUUUUUUGGGGGGGGGGGGUUGCGAAGGUAGGAGCUGUGCUGCCAUGGGGCCCAAGAAGACUGCUGCUGCAGAGGCCGGCGAGAGGAAGAAGGAGAAGGUUACGCUGGAAAUGAAGAAGGAGAUCAUCCGGAAGCACGACGGUGGAAUGCGUGUGACAGACCUCUCCAGGGAGUACGGGAGGAAUCCAUCGACCAUUGGGACCAUCCUGAAGAUGAGGGAGAAGAUCCUUGCGACUGAUGCAGCCAAGGGAGUCACCAGGAUCGUAAAGAACCACCCAGCUGUUCUGGAGGAGGUCGAGAAGUUGCUGCUCAUCUGGUUAGAAGAGAAGCAGCGUGCAGGGGACACAGUGACUGAGGCCGUCAUUUGUGAGAAGGCCAAGGCCUUGCACGCAGACCUCGUCCGGGAACAGCCAGGAACCUCAGGCGAGCCAGAAGUCUUCAAGGCAAGCAGAGGUUGGUUUGACCGGUUCAAGGCAAGAUCUGGAAUCCACAGCGUGGUCAGGCAUGGAGAGGCUGCCAGUUCUGAUGUUCCUGCAGCUGAAGACUUUGCAUUGGAGUUCCUGGAGGCUGUGAAGACGGAGGACUACGUUCCACAGCAGGUCUUCAACUGCGACGAGACCGGGCUGUUUUGGAAGAGGAUGCCCAAAAGGACUUUCAUCACUCAGGAGGAGGCCAAGUUGCCUGACCACAAGCCCAUGAAGGACCGUCUGACCCUGCUCUUCUGUGCCAACGCAAGCGGCGACCUGAAGAUCAAGCCCCUGCUGGUGUACCACUCGGAGAACCCACGGGCCUUCAGGAAACACAAGGUUGACAAGGAGCAGCUGAGUGUCAUGUGGCGAUCCAACAGUAAGGCUUGGGUCACACGUGUGCUGUUUGUGGACUGGGUCAAUCUUGCUUUUGGCCCUGCUGUCAAACAGUACCUGCUGGACAACGACCUGCCGCUGAAGGCUUUGCUUCUGAUGGACAAUGCUCCUGCUCAUCCUAAAGGCCUUGAGUUGGACUUGUUGGAGGCGUUCAGCUUCAUCAGCAUCAUGUUCCUGCCGCCUAACACCACGCCACUGCUCCAGCCGAUGGAUCAGCAGGUCAUCGCCAAUUUCAAAAAACUCUACACCAAGGAGCUUUUUAGGCAAUGCUUCGAGGUGACAGAUUGCACCACCAUCACCCUGUGGGAAUUCUGGAAGGACCGCUUCGACAUCGUCACCUGCUUGAAGAUGAUCACCACGGCCUGGAACGGGAUCAGCCAGAGAAAUUUGAAUUGCGCUUGGCGCAGCCUGUGGCCGGACUGUGUGGCACCAAGUGACUCUGAUGCACCAGAGUCAACAGUGGUGCAGGACAUUGUUGCCUUGGGGAGGACCAUGGGCCUGGAGGUCACAGAGGAGGACAUCAGCAAGCUGGUGGAGGAGCACGACCACGAGCUGCCCACCCAGGAGCUGGUCGAACUGCAGGCAGAGGCUGCGCAGGAGCAGGCCUCGCUGGAAGAGGAGGAAGCAACUGAGGAACGGCUGUCCUCCAAAGAACUGAGGGACAUUUGCAUGAAGUGGAAGGAUGUGCAGGCUUUUGCACAGCGGCACCACCCUGACAAGCACAUGGCACAUGACCUUGCGAACACUUUUGAUACGAGGGUCAUGUCGCCUUUCAGGGAGGUGCUGAAAAGGUGGAUGAAGCAGCAGACCAAGCAAGAAGCAAAGAGUGGAAGAGGAACCUUCUUCGAGUGGUCCCCCAGAGUCUUAGAAAAUGUACUGUACACUUUGUUGAUUUUUAAAUGUUUUUCUGUCAUGUUUAGAAACUUAAUUUAUUGUUCCUUCAAUUUUUGAAAUGCUCUUUACAGUAUGUGUGACUUUAAAGAGCACUUAAUAAACUCUUCUUGUACCAAAUUUGGCUUUGUUUGGACUUUUUUUGACCAUAGGAACGCAUUAAUUGAAUUUCAAUGCAUUCCUAUGGGAUUUCGUGCUUCGCAAGACGAAAAAUUCGCUAGACGAAAAAACUCGCAGAACGAAUUAAUUUCGUCUUGCGAGGCACCACUGUAUUUGUGUCUGCACUGAAAUAUACUUUGCCCAUUUUUAAAAUUAAAAAAAACCAUACAGCCAGUCAGUUUUGAAGUCUCCCUGAGAAGUGCUGAGUUUCUAAGGACCAGCUUAGGUCAUAGUUGGAAGGGACCUCGAAGAUCAUCUAGUCCAACCCCCUGAAAUGCAGGACUUUUUUGCCCAAAUGUGGGGCUCAAACCCAAGGCCCUGAGAUUAAGAGUCUCAUGCUUCACCAACUGAGUUAUCCAUCUACUGCUUUGAGUGCUUUUCUUUUUUUCUCCAUUUGUAAGUGAAGGAGAGGAUAGGCAGCUUGAUCUUAUGCAUAUUUGCUCGGAAGUCAGUCCAAUUGUAUUCAAGGGGGGGCAGGGAGGAGCUUGUUCCCCGGUGCACAAGAAGAUGCCACCUAUUUUAGAUUCUUCUCUGCAGGUUCUUCUCAAAAGGCUGCUUGAAGCUUAGACGUCUUCAGAGCAUGCUGUAAAUACAAUCUGUGCUAAUCUGUGCUGCAGUAAGACUGAAUGAUCUCAUGAACCUAGCUCAUGCUCAGAGUCAUGAAUUGUAGUUCUUCUCUGGCUGUGUACAGUUCUUCUGAUACAAAAGGACCUCUGUGCCGAAGCGGAAGUCCCAUUCAUAGUGGCUACUCAAUAAUCAUGCACUGUUUGCUUUUAAAACACUCAUUCUCUUUGCCAAAUAGCCAUUAUACACCAUGAGUGCCUGAAGGCCUUUUCGACAUAUGCAUCAUUUGACUGUCUUCUGUAUGUUUUCUAGACAAUGCGUGGUGAAUUCGACUCCAGUGAGUAUGAAGUUAGACGACGCUAUCAAGAUUUCCUUUGGUUAAAGGGAAGGCUUGAGGAAGCACACCCAACUCUCAUCGUUCCUGUAGGUCUAAUCAACUCUUGUUUUGUUAGGCAGAAAGCUGAGAUUGAAAGAAGAGAAAAAGCACAUUGGAUGUGCUAAACUGAUUUCUUAAGAGUGAUAAGUGGUAACUGUUCUUUUUCUGCAGUGUGUCCUCUCCCUCGUAUUUGUUCUAAUAAUGAAACCACUGCAUAUUUUAUUUUGACUUGGUUCGCAUGUAACACUAAACCAUGUUCUAAUGUUUUGAAGAUAAGCCUAAGUGAGCCUUGGGCUUGCACACUACCCCCCUCCUCUCACCCUUUGAGCCUCUGCUUUUAUUUUAGAUGAAUCACAGUUAGAAUAAUGCAAAAACCCCAAAUCUUAAAUGAAAGCAAGCCAUGCCAGAGGAGGAGGAGGAGAAUGUGAGCCCAUUGAAUCACGUAGCCUCAUUCUUGUGACACUAUAAACUAUGGUUUCGGGUUACAUCCAAAGCAGACCAAUAUUUUUAGAAUGGCUGCUUACAUAUACAUGCAGUUAUGUAGCUUAACUGUGUUUUCCCUUCCAUUAUCUUUCUGCCUUAGCCAUUGCCUGAAAAAUUCAUAAUGAAAGGAGUUGUGGAACGAUUUAAUGAAGAAUUCAUUGAAACAAGAAAGAAAGCACUGCAUAAAUUUUUAAACCGGAUUGCUGAUCAUCCCACUUUAACUUUUAAUGAGGACCUCAAAAUUUUUCUUACUGCACAAGCCUGGGUAAAGAUUAUUUUUUUAUUUUGUUGUGGUGAUCAUAAAAGUAAGAUUUGUCAAGUCUGACCGAAAUAGGUACCUAUCUAACUGGGUUAAGAUGAAUUCAGACUUUCCCCCCUUUUGUCCCCCAGGAUUGUAAUUGGGAAGAGGUUGUGCACUAACUUCAGACACCUCUUUUCUUCUCCCACACACCUCCACAUUCUCUGCACUGCAGGGAGAAAAGACCAAAACUGAGAGAAAGCAGACAGAGAGAACUCCCUGUUUGCUCAUUCAGAGCAAAAGAUCUCCUCCUUGCUUCUGUCUGGAUACAGUCCAGAUCAAAAAUACCCUGUUGCAUUUAUCCUGUGUUUUCUUUUUUUAAUGGAAUAUUCAGGGAGAUGGCAUAGGAAAGCCACAUCUUCUCAGAAAGCUUAGUUGGAGUAUCAAAAUGCACAUACACCCCUCCAUUAUGGGAAUGCCUUUGAAUAUUUAUAGGCACCAGUUAAUUUUUACCUAAAUGGGGUUGUAGACAAAGCCAUGCUUUUAAAGAAGCCGUUGAAAGCACUGGACAAAACAAGGAACAAAAGAGCAAAAAGACAUAAUAAUAAUAAUAAUAGCAAUAAUAAUUCUUACAGUUAUACCUCGGGUUACAAACGCUGCGGUUUGCGCAUUUUCAGGUUGCGGCCUGCGCCAAACCCGGAAGUACUGGAACAGGUUACUUCCAGGUUUUGGCACUCGUGCAUGCGCAGAAACGCAAAAUGACGUCACGCGCAUGUGUAGAAGCGCCGAAUUGCGUCACGCACAUGCGGAGACGCGGCGCUUCAGGCUGCAAACGCUGUGGGUUGCAAACAUGCCUCCUGCACGGAUCACGUUCACAACCAGAGGUAUGACUGUAAUAGGUAAUAGUUACCGUCUUUUUCGUCCCAUAGGACGCUCCGUCCCAUAGGACGCACCUAUUUUUUUCGGGGGGGAAUAAAGGGAAUUUUUUCCCCCUUUAUUUCCCCCCCAAAACCAGGUCGGGGAAACCAAACCAGGUCGGGGAACAGCGGUAUGGCGGCGCUCCCCCUCCCCGCUGUCCCCCGAGCUUGUGGGGCUGGCCGAUGUCUGCCCGGGGCGCGGGUGCUCUGCUUCAGGGCGCCCGCACGCCAGACAGCAGGCUGCUAUCCACAGCCUAGGGAGCCCUGCGGGAACUCCUGCAGGGCUCCCCAGGCUGCGGACAUCUGCCCGGCGCGAGGGGCGCUCUGCUUCAGGGCGCCCGCACGCCGGGCGGCAGGCUGCUAUCCUCAGCCUAGGGAGCCCUGCGGGAACUCCCGCAGGCUACCCAGGCUUGCUGAUAGCUUCCUGAAGCCUGGAGAGCGAGAGGGGUCGGUGCACACCGACCCCUCUCACUCUCCAAGCUUCAGUGAAAGCCUGUAUUCGCCCCAUAGGACGCACACAGAUUUCCCCUUCAUUUUUGGAGGGGAAAAAGUGCGUCCUAUAGGGCGAAAAAUACAGUAUGUGCUUCCCAUCUGAUUGGGUUACCCAAGUCACACUGGGAGGCAAAGCUGUCAACUUUCAGAUUUGAAAAUAAGGAAUCAGCAGCUUCGAAAAUAAGGGAUCAGCAGCCUCACCUGUCCUGGGGACAGUCCACGGGAUAUCUAACAAUCCGGGAUAGCAGCGGGAAGCAGCAGGAAACGGCACUAGAAUAAGGGAAUUUCCCACAAAAAAAGGGAAGGUUGACAGCUAUGCUGGGAGGCUGCCAACAAAUUAAAACACAGUAAGACAUCAAACAUUAAAAACCACCCUAUACAGAGCUGCCUUCAGAUGUCAGAUAGUUGUUUAUUUUCUUGACAUCUGGUGGGAGGGUGUUCCACAGGGCAGGCAUGACUACUGAGAAGGCCCUUUGCCUGGUUCCCUUCAACCUCACUUUUCACAAUGCAGAAACCACCAGAGGUUAUAUCUUAGUAGAGUGUGAGUUAGCAGAUUAAUUUUGCCAUUAGCGAUGGGAACAAAGGUUGUCAUGUUUCAUAUGGACUGUGAUGUGAACUUGGGUUUUUACUACAUCUUUUUUUUCCAAGUACAUAAACAACAACUCACCCAAGUCAAAGCUUGAUUUCAUCCCUUAAUUUUUAGGAACUUUCAUCUCACAAGAAGCAGGGGCCUGGUCUGCUCAGCAGAAUGGGACAAACGGUCAAAGCUGUCGCGUCGUCGAUGCGAGGAGUGCCCGUGAAGAACCGCCCGGAAGCAUUUACAGAAAUGAUGGACCAUGUGGAGGUGUUUAGUCAGAAAAUCAAUUUGUUGGAUAAAAUCUCCCACCGAGUCUACAGGGAAGAGAGAGGUUGGUGGAAAAGAAAGCCAACUUUCUUGGCUAUUUCUGGUGGGCUUCCAGUUUCUUCCUCCUUUCUGGAAUCCCCACAGUAGGGCAAAUUAGAAUCCAGCCUCUGUUCCCUCUCUAAACUUCAUGUAUACCAAUAUGAUCUCCAUUUUCUGAGUAGGGAUGUUUAAGUAAUGAAAAUGGUACUAGUCACACACAAGAAGGGGAUAUCAGGAGGCUUGGAGGAGCCACAAGUUUUGGAAAAGUAGUAAACAUAUUUAGAAAGCCUAGGGUUGAGGAGGCAGAAUCGGUCCAAUGAGGACCAAGCAUGCUCAGUGCUUGCAGAAUGCUGACUAACUACUGAGGGUCGGUAAAUAGUAAACCUGGUGGGAGGGUGAUGGAACCGGAGUAGCUGGAAUUCUAAUCAGUGAGAUGCCAUGCUGCAACAUUUUGCUGCAGACCCCACUUUUCCCAAAUUGAAAUUAAAGAACUGUCUGCCAUGAACUCAAGACCAGAUCUUCGGCUAAUUAUGUGUUCCUCACCUGUCAAAUGGGACUGACCUGGUCACAGACAUUUUUUAAAAUAUUCUGGUUUUUAUUUUAUUUUAGAAACGGAAUUUAAAUGCCAAUCCCUUCUCUUCUCUCCUCCCCCCCCCCCCAUUUUAAAGACUAUUUUUGUGAGCUGAAGGAGUUUGGCCCCAUCCACACGCUUUGGUCCGCAUCUGAAGUAGACCUGGCGGACACGCUGAAAGGGGUGGCAAGCUGUAUCGACAAAUGCUGUAAGGCGACCGAGAAACAGAUGGCAGGGCUCUCCGAAAGCCUCUUCCCUACUCUGCAUGAAUAUGUGCUGUACAGUGAAAUAUUAACGGUAAGAUGGAACAGGCACUGCGUGGAUUCAUCUGUCAUGAACUCUUCUUUUCAACACCCUUCCCUCUGAUUGCAUUGCUGUAGUGUAAGCAGCCUGUUAGAUGACUGCAGUGAGUGUGUUUUCUUAGCUGGUGUUGGCAAUGUAGUACUUUGGGUAAGGACAGCCAGCCUGGUGCUCUCUAGGUGUUUGCUGGAUGAUGAUGAUGAUAAUAAUAAUAAUAUAAUAAUAAUAAUAAUAAUAAUAAUAAUUUAUUUGUACCCCGCCCAUCUGGCUGGGUUUCCCCAGCCACUCUGGGCGGCUUCCAACAAAGAUUAAAAAUACAUCAAAAUGUCACACAUUAAAAACUUCCCUGAACAGGGCUGCCUUCAGAUGUUUUCUAAAUAUCAGGUAGUUGUUUAUCUCUUCGACAUCUGAUGGGAGGGUGUUCCACAGGGCAGGCGCCACUACCAAGAAGGCCCUCUGCCUGGUUCCCUGUAGCUUUGCUUCUCGCAGUGAGGGAACCGCUAGAAGGCCCUCAGCACUGGACCUCAGCAUCCGGGCAGAAUGAUGGGGGUGGAGACGCUCCUUCAGGUAUACAGGGCUGAGGCCGUUUAGGCUCCCAUCAGCCCUUGCCACUGGCCACGCUGGCUGGGGUUGAUGAGAGCUGGAAGUUCCAACAACACCCGAAGGUCUGGCCACCCCCUGGCUUAAGAGACUGAGCAUCUGGCCUUUUUAUUCUGUAUCAUCAUCAUCAUAACUAAUAAUAGGCCUCCUAUCUGACUGGGUUGCCCCUGCGACUCUGGGCGGCUUUCAACAAAUUAAAACACCACACAGUAAAGCACCAAACAUUAAAUGUAGAGGGCUGCCUUCAGAUGUCUUCUAAAAGUCAGAUAGUUGUUUAUUCCCUUGAUAUCUGAUGGGAGGGCGUUCCACAGGGCGGGUGCCACUACCAAGAAGGCCCCUGUAACUUUAUUUCUUGCAGUGAGGGAACUGCCAGAAGGCCGUUAGAGGUGCUGGAUCUCAGCUGAAUCACAGGGGUGGAGAUGCUCCUUCAGGUAUACAGGGCCGGGGCCGUUUAGGGUGGGCCUAACGUCCUUGAGAGCCGAUAUACCAUCUUGCCUGGUGCACAGGAUGCUAGAGUAAAGCAUCUUCCUUGAAGCAGAAGUUUCCAGGUUCACUCGUCUUCAUCUCCAUGGAGGGCUCGAUCCCUGGAGAUCCUCUGCCAGCCAGUGUAGACCAAACAAAGCUAGAUGAUCCAGUUGGUCUGACUUCCUGAUUCAGUGGCCACUGUCCUCCAGGGAGGGAGAUCCGUGUUUAUUUGCUGCGUAAAAUACUGGAUUUUUUUAGUCUUUAAGGUGCCACAAGAUUUUCUCGUGGGGGGGGGUUCAAGAACAUACACACCAUCAGCUGUCAUAUGCAUCUUUUCCACUAUGUGUAACAGCAAUCCCUAGGGCUAUGAACAAUAGGUGUUCCCAUUGCAGUAUGUGUGCUGUUGGUUCAAAUGUGAGGUUGUGCAUGUAGUAUAUGCUCAAAUCCAUAACAUAGGAAGCAGAUCAGAGGAAACCCUGGUAUCAAAAUCCCACUGGGGAAACGAACGUCUGAAGCUAUAAUCCAGAUAGUGUUGCAUGCAUCCCCAUCUAUGAGAGGAGAGAGACUGUGGUUACCUUAGAAUGGAGGUCAGUAAACGCUACACAUACAUACAACCAGGGACGCGGGUGGCGCUGUGGGUUAAACCACAGAGCCUAGGACUCGCUGAUCAGAAGAUCGGCGGUUGCAAUCCCCGUGACGGGGUGAGCUCCCGUUGCUCGGUCCCUGCUCCUGCCAACCUAGCAGUUCAAAAGGACUUCAAAGUGCAAGUAGAUAAAUAGGUACUGCUCCGGUGGGAAGGUAAACGGUGUUUCAUAUAUAUAUAUAUAUAUAUAUAUAUAUAUAUAUAUAUAUAUAUAUAUAAUUUUUAUUAAGUACAAAUUAGAAAGCAUACAUAUUUACAACGAAAGAAAAUAGAAAGGAAAAAGAAAAUACAUAUAACCAAGGGAAAAAAUUAGAGAAUACUUUGCCUCUUUUCAUAUUUACAGUUAUUUAUACGGCGUUCUGUGUGCUGCUCUGGCUCGCCAGAUGCAGCUUGUCACACUGGCCACGUGACCCGGAAGUGUCUGCGGACAGCGCUGGCUCCCGGCCUAUAGAGUGAGAUGAGCGCACAACCCUAGAGUCUGGCAAGACUGGCCCGAACGGGCAGGGGUACCUUUACCUUUACCUUUAUACCUCUAUAAAAUGCUAUUCACAAUAAAGGAGUGAAAUGAAAGAUAAGAUAUCAGAAAAAAGAAAAAAAGAACAAAGAAAAAAUAAAGAAGUAAAAGAAAAGGAUCAUAGGUGAAAAAUUUUAAAGGUAGAUAAGUAUUCACUAUACAUAGCCGUUUCCCAUCUAUAUUCAAUUGUAUAAUUUCAUCUUGUCCUUAUCUACCUUAAAAAGUGUUGUUGUUUUUUAAAAGACUUCCACCGUUUCCGUGCACUGCUCUGGUUCGCCAGAAGCAGCUUAGUCAUGCUGGCCACAUGUCCUGGAAGCUGUAUGCUGGCUCCCUCGGCCAAUAAAGUGAGAUGAGCGCCACAACCCCCGAGUCGUCCACGACUGGACCUAAUGGUUAGGGGUCCCUUUACCUUUUUACAACCUGAGCAUGAGAUGGCAGGGCUCACAGCAUUAGCCCUUCAACAGAUCUUGCUUCCCCAUUAAGUUUCCAGGCAGUUCCCUAAAGCCAAAGCAAGGCAAGCAUCUGUGUCUCUUCAGCUUUAGUCUAUUGGUUUUCCAGCUCUUUGAUGACCUGGCAUUCAGCCAGGUGAGUGGGGAAGCCCCACACAUUUGUCUCUAUGGCAACAUGGCCCACUCAUCAAGAUGCUAAUGGGGUACUUAGCUGGGCCAGCUAAGGCCAUUAUCUUAUGGAGAGGCUGGUUUGACCAGUCCCUCUACUACAAUCACAGGCUUGGUUGGGGUCCAUGGAUAUAAUCCAGACCACCUCCCAGUCCUGAGUGGUUCUGAGCUCUGAAAGCAAACUUUAUAGGUAAUAGGGUACUGAUGAGUUGUCAGUAUCCAGUGAGUCCAGCAUUGCAUUGUCUGCAGGGCUAGAGUUUUUGUCCUGUGAAACACCUUGAGACCUGAAGGUAUAGGGCAGUGUAUAAAUUUAAUUAAUUAUGUGCGGUAAGCCGACCAUAUACAGUGGUACCUCGGGUUAAGUACUUAAUUCGUUCCGAAGGUCCGUACUUAACCUGAAACUGUUCUUAAAUUGAAGCACCACUUUAGCUAAUGGGGCCUCCCGCUGCCACCGCGCCGCUGGAGCACGAUUUCUGUUCUCAUCCUGAAGCAAAGUUCUUAACCUGAAGCACUAUUUCUGGGUUAGCAGAGUGUGUAACCUGAAGCGUAUGUAACCUGAAGCGUAUGUAACCCGAGGUACCACUGUAUGCUGUAAGUCGCCCAGAGUGGCUACGGAUACCCAGCCAGAUGGGUGGGAUAUAAAUAAUAAAAAAUAUUGUUGUUGUUUAAUCAUCAUUAUCAUCAUAGCAACAACAACAACAACAACAGCUCACCAUAAACGCCUUCCUUUUUCUCUUACAAUGGCAAUGGUCCCCACCUGAAAGGUGCCAGAACCGAAUUCUGGUGAGUUACAACUGAAAAAAAGCCCUGGUUGUCCGUAUCUUCGAGUUUCCUAUAAGCAAAAUCCUUAUCUUUGUUUCAAGGGUGCUGUUUUCUGUCGCCGUAGUCAGCAUCUUGAGUGGAAAACUGUCUUCCCCUCCUCACUUUCUCACCUCUUAAAGGUUGCCAGCCUCAACACCACCUCUUACGUACAAUUUCUCUUGAGCAGCAAUGCACAAUAACUGUUUUCUAGCUAGAGAAACUCAGAAGUGAAAGAUUAUUUGGAAGGUGGGCCAGAACAUGUCUGCAGCUCAGAGUAAAAUGCGCUUAAACUCCAGUGGCAUGAAGAGAACUUUGAUGUGUCUGUUUUUCUCUGAAUCACAUCCAAUAUGCUUUCAUCACAACUGAACCCCCUCUACUUAUAGGGUACUUACUAGGAAUGGCAUAGCGUUUUCAAAGCAAAGGGGACAAUUUGAAAGCUCCAUUCUGCCUGCAAUUGUGUGUGUGUGUGUGUGUGUGUGUGUGUGUGUGUGUGUGUUGUAUACUGUAUAUUCUUGUGGCCAAUCUGAUUGUGCAGCUAUCAAAGGAAAAUUGGAGGUAGAAGCCUCCACAGCAGUAGAGGAAAAAUUGCUCAAAAUAUAUGGCAUCUGUACACAACUUGGCAGGAUUCACUCGAGAAUGUAGCCCUGAAUAGCCAUUUUAAGGCAUAAGGGGGGGGGGAGUGUUUGCUUUGAAGCAGCUCUGCUGCUGUUACACAAACUCUCCUUAUACAGUGGUACCUCAGGUUACAUACGCUUCAGGUUACAGACACUUCAGAUUACAGACUCCGCUAACCCAGAAAUAGUGCUUCAGGUUAAGAACUUUGCUUCAGGAUGAGAACAGAAAUCGUGCUCCGGUGGUGCGGCGGCAGCAGGAGGCCCCAUUAGCUAAAGUGGUGCUUCAGGUUAAGAACAGUCUCAGGUUAAGAACGGACCUCCGGAACGAAUUAAGUACUUAACGUGAGGUACCACUGUACAUGUCAGGGAACUGUGGAUAUUAGGGGAAGGCUCUGCCACUCCGUACAGCCCUGCUGGCUUGCAUUUUGCCCCAAGUUAGCCCCCUAAAGUGCCUCAAAGUAUAAGCACUCUGCAGAGAUUAAAAAUAAGGCAGUCACAACCCAUGUGCUUACAGUCUAAUGAAUGUGAUAGAUAAGGAAAAGGGGAUGAGGAGGGGAGAGGAAAACAAAGGCUGGAGCAGUGUGUUCUUUCUGGAAGGGAUGAGGGAGGGAAACUCCCUGCGCCAUUCAUUUUCAAGACGAUGGCUGGAACCAGGUUGGUCUCCUGCUUGCCAUGGCAGUCUUCUUGGAAGACUUUGGGUGCAGCUUCCCUGCGGCCUUCAGUCUCUUCUCUGACGGCAGAGGCCAAAAUGUGCUCCCCUUCAGCUUUGCACUCCCUGGGAAGCUGAUGGUUGGAGCUGGCUGUUGUCUUCUUUUGACGGGGGUGGGGGAAGCUUUGUGAAAUUGCUUCUUGUCUGUCCAGUGGCUGGGAUCAAGCUGCUCUCCACUGUUUCUCCCGGGAGGCAGCCUCACAGUAGCUUUUAGUCCCCUGUCCAAUUGAUGGAGACAGAGUAUGCUGACAUGUGAUGUAUCCUCAAUGGAUUUGUCUAGUGCUCAUUUUAAAAAGUUCAAGUUAGCAGCCAUUAUCACAUUAUUAUUAUUUUGGCAACAGAUUCCUUAAAUUAAAUAUGCAUUGUGUACUUUCCUUUAUCUGUAGUGAAUCUGCCAAUUUCAUAGGACAAGAGACGGGAAUGUCUGUAUCCACCUUCUUCCAAGUUUCUAAUGAAAAUAUUUGUUGGGAGCUCCCUUUCAUAAGUUAUUUAACUGGACGAAACAGUGCUCCGUUAUAUGUAUCUCUAUCUCUCUCUCUCUCACUCUCUUUCCCUCUCUCCUGUUUUGCAAUUCAGGGGGUUUUGAAAAGAAGAGACCACAUACAAGCAGAGCUGGAUUCCAAAGUGGACGCUCUAUAUAAUAAAAAGGCAGAAAAUGAUCUGGUGAGUAUGCCAACCAUUGCUAAAUAAUAAUGGGGUACUUCUUGCUGUAAUUAAAAAAUUGAUGCCAUUGCAUCACAUAAUUGUGCUAAUGAAACAUGAUGGCAAAGGGCUUGCACCAGGGCACUGCCUUCCUGGGAUGCAUCCCUCUAGCUCAGUAUACUGUCAAAUUUUACUGGAUCACUGACAGAGAUCUUUCCUAUAAUUUUUUUAACUGGAAAUAGCUAGGGAUUGAGCCUACAGUUCUACAGCUCCUGCCCCAAUAAUCUUCCAAAUACAGUGGUACCUUGGUUCUCAAACUUAAUACAUUCCAGAAAUCUGUUCCAAAACCAAAGCGUUCCAAAACCAAGGUGCGCUUUCCCAUAGAAAGUAAUCCAAAAUGGAUUAAUCCAUUCCAGACUUUUAAAAACAACCCCUAAAACAGCAAUUUAACAUGAAUGUUACUCUCUAACGAGACCAUUGAUCCAUAAAACAAAAGCAAUACACAAUGUACUGCAGUCACACAAUCAAUCAGUAGCUGAACUGGGUUCCACACAGUCACAAAAACAAAACAAAAAAGAGCCGCAAAAAUAAAAACGCAAAAUAAAGAGCAAAAACAGACAGACAGCGUAACACUCAAAAUGGAAGCAUGGCACUCAAAACGGAGCACAUUCGGCUUCUGAUAAAAGUUCGCACACCAGAACACUUACUUCCAGGUUUGCAGUGUUUGGGUUCCAAGUUGUUUGAGUACCAAGGCAUUUAAGAACCAAGGUACCACUGUAGUAAUUUGGUGUGCUGAUCUUGAACAUACUUAGCAGACCACUUUCUCCUUUCACCAUGGCAUCUUACAAACCUCUUGAGUGAUGAUAUCUGUUAAGUCCCAUUUUGUAGAAGGAUGCAAAAGCACAUCGUUGGAAGACUUCCGGGUUGGCGCCAUCGGCAAUGGCGGAAUUCCUCUGACCGGGAGGAAUUUGCCCCGUGGGAAAUUGGGUCUGGCCGCCAUAGCGAAGGCGGAGACCCGUAAAAAUCACAGGCGGGAGAAGCCUGUGAACGUGGGAUUCGGCAGGCACCUUCUGCGCCUCCCCUACUCGCGGGGAAACCCGUUUUCGGGGCUCCGGAGUGACGUGGGGUGAGUGGCGCAGUGCUUCGAAUCGUCUGCUUCUUCCACGGAGCGAAGCCGCACAGCCGUUGCCGGAGAGCGCUGACUUUUUCCUGUGGACAAUUUGACCUUAAAGUAGUUACCCGUGAGUAGAGCUGAAACGGGAGAAUUGGAUUUCUAAAAGUAUAAUUUGGUAUCGAAGCGGGGAGGUUCAAAACAGGAAGUCUGCCUCCCCCUUUUGUAAAUAGACUGAGGCAAUAAAGUUGCAAGCUGGAGUCCUGGAAAGUCUUUUGUAAAAGAUUAAAUUUCCAUCGGUAAAGAACAAAACCCCCCUUUGUAGGCAGGAGAAGAGGGGGGGAAGUUGUGGACUGAAUAUGCCUGCAGGAGAGAGCGAAGAGAUCUAAAACACCGCCGCUCUGACCCUGGAAACGGGCUGCUAGUAGGACUGACAUACUUUGGAAUGUUCAUUGACAGCAUUUAGAACGUUCAUUGAUAGCUAGUUAAAUAAAAGAAAUACAUUGUUUCUACUGUUUCCGGCUGCUUUAAAAAGGAGUAAAAGUAACUGAAAAUUGAAACUAACUUGAAACUAAUUUUCGGAUUGUUUAAAAGAGGAUACUAUUGACUAUUAUAAAUAGAAACUGUUUCCCCCUAGUGGAAGCCUUUGAAACCGGUUGCUUUACAAGAGUUGGGUUAGGGAAAUUUCCAGCUGCAAGUUAAAAACCAUGAGACUCUGGGACUGACCUUGAAGCUUUUAAGUGUUAUGGUUAAUGGAAGAGGAAAAAUAGACCAGUCAACUGCUGACAAAACAUUAAGGUCUGGGAGGACUUGGCAACAAUCCAGGAGAGGUCCACCACCAGGCCCCCCUGCUUUUUCUGAGCCUUUGUACCAGUAUAUGUAAAACCAAGAGAAAUGUUGACAGAAGAGGCUCUAGUGGCGGCAUUAUUUAAGAUAAAUGAUUCAUUGGAUCAGCUUCACAGGAAAAUGGACACGAUAAAUGCGAAAUCAUUAAAACUAACUUAAAUAUAGAAAGUAUAAAUAAUACUAAUAUAGAAACUACCCAGAAAUUGACACAGGAACCUAUUUCGAUGCGGCAAACUGCGGAGGAAGCCAGGGAAAAAGCUGUUGUUGCUGAAUGUAAAGAAACACAACUGGAGAGAAAGAGCAAGAGAGCCCCAGCCCUACAGAAGCAACUUGAUGAAUAUAAGUUGACGCUUACUAUGACUGAACUCAAAGAAAAACAGACGAAUUUGAGGAUUAGAGUUCACCCCUGGUGGACAUGCCCAAGGAUUAAGACACUUUGGGAGAUGAUUCAUAAUGAAAUGAAAAAGGUAUUUAAAUAUACCUUUUUGAAGAAACCAGAGGCCUUUCUCCUGGGCAUGGUCGGCCAAUUGGUGUUAAAGAAGGAUAGAACUCUUUUCACAUAUGCAACAAUAGCAGCAAGAAUACUCAUUGUGAGGUACUGGAAGACACCAGAUUUAUCUAUCCGGGAAGAAUGGCAGAUGAAGUUGAUGGACUAUAUGGAAUUGGCGGAAACGACUGGCAGAAAUCCGAGACCAGGGAGAAGAGACGGUGGAAGAAGACUGGAAAAAGUUUAAGACUAUUUAUAGAAAUAUUGUAAAAAUAAUGAAUGUUAGAAAAAUGUUGGAAUGAAGUUAUAUGGCUUUAGUAGAAAUGCUAUAAGGAAUUAAGUAUAAAUAGACUAAUAGAGUAUUAAAGGGAAAAAUAAGAUUAGAAUAUGUUAAGAUAAUUAUAGGAUAGAAAACAGAGGAAGAUGGAAAGGAAUUGCUGAAACAAUUAAUAGAAGUGGAAUACAAAAAGGGAGGUGUGAGGAGGUCGUGGAAACAAGGGAAUGAAAGUUAAGAUAUUGAAAUUGUUUUGUGUUUUAAAUGGUUUGCGUCUUGUUUUGUUAAUCUUAUGUUUUUUCCUUUCUUUUCUUUGCUUUUUCUUUUUCUUUUUUGUUUUUUCUGUUCUAUUGUGUUUAAAUGGUUGGAAAAUCAAUAAAUAUUAUUUUUUUAAAAAAAUAGCAAAAGCACAUCGUUGGAAACUGCCCCCUCCCAUCUACAGAUGGUGUCUGGAAAAAGAAUGCAAACUUCCCCUCUUAGCUGCCAUCCCUCUUCCUCCCCGCAUGUUUGCAAGCUAAUCACAUGUCAGGAACAAUGGAUUUGAACCUUGGCUUCCAAUUAAGUUCUACACUCCAGCAACUACAUCUUUUAUUGUGGGGAAAACAAUUCAGGAGGUACAGUUUGCUAGUCUGUGCUCGAAAGAGAGAUGAUGUCACAGUACUGGUCUUGUAUUUCAGAUUUUUAUCUUGAGCGUGCGCACACACGCAAAACGCUUUCUAAUAGAAUUGUCAUCCGAUUUGUCCUAAGGUAGUUUGGAGAUUCCUGCUUGGACAAAACAUCUGAAAAAUGGCAAGGGAAGCAAAAUGAGUUCGGGUAAAAACAAGUAUCAUUUCUUCAAGGGUGUUCCAUUGUAGCCCUGAGUUGUCGCUGGCAUUUGUCUAAAUCGAAAUUGUGUCAUGAAUCUGCAGGUUGCUGCUCAGGUCAGACAUCUGAGGAAUAAGGGAGAAUGUAAAAGAGUUUUGUUGUGACUUGCAAAAUUUCUCAGGGAAUGCAGAGAUGGGAGCAGAGUGAAACGAGCGGUCAGUGAUCAAGCUCCACAAAACCACCAAAUUGUCUUAAUCAUGAUAGCAUGCAAUGGAACUCACAAUCACAGAGUAGUUGAGGGACAGUCAUUCUCCAGUGAGUAAAAGCUUCACCUGUCAACACCUGCCUGUCACACGGUCGUUAGACAGCAGAGCUUCAAUCGGUUAAAAAAGCAGAACGCAUCUUGCUCACGUUAGGCGUGAUGACCAUACAAGAACAUCAGAAUCCAAAGCCUAUCUAGUCCAGUGUUCUGUUCACACAGUGGCCAAUCAGAUGCCUACUCUUCUGUUCACAAGUAGGCUGCUGAUUUCUUUCCAGUUGCUUUACCGUAUGAAGCUCUGUAUGGUUCUGAAGCAAUGACAAAACCACGUCUCCCGUAAAUCUCACCUCGGUCACUUAGAUUUGUGGAUGAGGGUGGCUGGAGUUGGCUGGGAUGAGGAAAGGAAAUUGCCUGCACCAUUCAUUUUCAAGAUGAUGGCUGGAGCCAGGGUGGUCUCCUGCUUGCCAUGGCAUUCUUCCCGGGAGGCACUGAAGGAGUGUCUCCACCCCCAUCGUUCUACCCGGACACUGAGGUCCAGUGCCGAGGGCCUUCUGGCAGUUCCCUCACUGUGAGAAGCCAAGUUACAGGGAACCAGGCAGAGGGCCUUUUUGGUAGUGGCACCCGCCCUGUGGAACACCCUCCCACCAGAUGUCAAAGAGAACAACAACUACCAGACUUUUAGACGACAUCUGAAGGCAGCCCUGUUUAGGGAAGCUUUUAAUGUUUGAUGCAUUACUGUAUUUUAAUAGUGUGUUGGAAACCAUCCAGAGUGGCUGGGGAAACCCAGCCAGAUGGGCGGGGUAUAAAUAAAUUAUUAUUAUUAUUAUUAUUAUUAUUAUUAUUAUUAUUAUUCUUGCAGCCUUUGGUCUCUUCUCUGAUGGCAGAGGCCAAAUUGUGCCACCUUUAGAAGCUUUGCCUCUGCAGCAAAGCAUGCUAUGACUGGAGGCUGCUUUUAGUGUUGUGGCAUCUGUGUGUUCUUUUCUGACAGGGAGGAGAAAACAAAGCUUUGUGAAAUUGCUUCUUGUCUGGCCAGUGGCUGGGAUCAAGCUACUCUCCAAGUUCUUCCUGGGAGGCAGCCUCAUGGGACUCUUGGCCAGGCGGCUUCCACCACUUCUCCUCAUCCAGCCAGUCCCUGACAUGUCCUCUCUGGCCAUGAUGGAUAGGGCUGAUGAGACCUGGAGUCCAACAACAUCUGGAGAGCCACAUGCAUUGCAGGGGAUUGGACUAGAUGACCCUUGGAUCCCUUCCAACUCUACAGUUCUAUGAUUCUGUGUUGUCUAUCUGUCUUUCAAGUAUUCAAAAUAUGGGGUGUCUUUUUUUCACUCCUGCCCCCAACAAAUCAUAUAAACAGUGCUUUUUGCUGGGGUACGCAUACCCCUAAACAUUUUGUGAAUUUAAGUUUGGCCUCAUUGAGGGGCAGUAUUUCAAUAUGAGUAGGUGCUGGAGGAGACUCUUGAGAGUCCCAUGGACUGCAAGAAGAUCAAACCUAUCCACUCUUAAGGAAACCAGCCCUGAGUGCUCACUGGCAGGACAGAUCCUGAAGCUGAGGCUCCAAUACUUUGGCCACCUCAUGAGAAGAGAAGACUCCCUGGAAAAGACCCUGAUGUUGGGAAAGAUGGAGGGCACAAGGAGAAGGGGACGACAGAGGACAAGAUGGUUGGAUAAUGUUCUCGAAGCUACUAACAUGAGUUUGACCAAACUGCGGGAGGCAGUGGAAGACAGGAGUGCCUGGCAUGCUCUGGUCCAUGGAGUCACGAAGAGUCAGACACAAACAAACAAACAAACAAACAAACAAACAAACAGAAAAAUGAGAGUACCCCUAAACAUUAUUUUUUUUAGAAAAAAAGCACUGCAUAUAAAAAUGAUUCUUCUUAUCCAUGAAUUUGCAGAUGGGGAGCUGAGGCUGUGAACAGCCUCCUAAUAAAAUUGUGGCAGCGACUUCCCAAUCCGUACCACAGUCACAUGACGAGGAAAGACUUUGUUUGGGGUACACGAAAACUGGUUCUGUAAAUGCUUGGUUGCUGUGCGGAACGGAAUCUGGCUCUGUUCAGCAACUCCCCACCCCUUUCUCUCUCGUAGGCAGCGCUUUCAUCGACCUUAAUGAGCACAACACAACUGUCCGGUUGAGCUUGCCUUUGAAAGCGGAUACCCAGAAAUUAUGUUGACAGUGAGUGGCAUGAGCGUGAAUGUAAUGCGAAGAGUAGUUGUGCCAGAGAAAUGGAAUCACAAACAGGUCAUUAGCGCUGACAAAAGGCUAGAACGCUUGGUCUUUAUAGGGGACAUCGAUUUGUUCCUGCAGGGAAGUCAGCUGUGACGCCUGAUAAGAGGGAGGAGAUUGGGACCGGGAACAGUUUUGGCAGUCGUUUCUAAGACUGAAAAAUGGAUCUCAUCUGAUAGGCCAUGUGAUAAAUAGCAAUAGCUUCCAAGCUGAAGCGCAUAAUUUGGGCCAGCUGUGAAUUGCCCCUUUCCUGACCCUUCCUUGCAAUCGGCUCCUUUAAGAGCAGGUUUGCAAGUUCAGAAAGAACGUGGGACUUGGACCAAAAAGAUCUGGGUCCACAGUCCUACUCAGCCAAGAAGGUCAAUAGGAAAUCCUGGAUUAGACCCAUUCUCUCAGCCCAACCUACCUCUCAGGGUUACAUGAAGACAGAACUGAAGGGGUGAAACUAAGGAGGAACCGAUGGAGCUGCUUUAUACCCAGUUGGCCCUUCAAUUGGCUCAGUAUUGUGUAUACUAGUGUUUCCCAAACUUGGGUUUCCAGUUGUUGUUUUUGACUACAACUCCCAUCAUCCUUAACUACCAGGACCAGUGGUCAGGGAUGAUGGGAACUGUAGUUCAAAAACAGCUGGAGACCCAAGUUUGGGAAACAUUGGUGCAUACCAAAGAUGGGCAACCUGUGGCCCUCCAGAUGUGGAACUCCCAAGUCCCAUCAACCUAAGAGGCAGAUACAAAACCCUGGACUUGUAAAAGGGUAAAAGGGUAUUGGGAAAUAAUCCAUAAUGAAUUGUAAAAAAAUGUUUAAAAGUCCCCCCCCCCCAAAAAAAAACCAGAGUCCUUUUUGUUGGGGAUAAUUAAGACUGAAAUUCCCAGGUGUCAAAAAAGGUUAUUUAUGUAUGCUACUACUGCGGCCAAUGUUUUGUUAACCCCAAAAUGGAAAACGAGUGAGGUCCCAACUAAAGAAGAAUGGCAACUUAAGCUGACAGAAUAUGCACAGUUUGCAGACUUAACAUAUAGAAUAAGAGAACAAGAAGAACAUAACAUUUAGAGAAGAUUGGAAAACGUUUAUUGAAUAUAUGGGGGGAAAAUAUGUAUACCUGAAAACAUUGGCAGCAUUAAGAUAAAUACAACAAUGUAAAUAAGUUUUGAUGAUGCAGUAAUGGAAUACUGAAUGGUUUAGUUUUUGUAAAGUAUGCAGGGAUUUAUGAUAUGCAAAAUGAACCAUGGAAAGAGAAGAAAGGAAGUCACUGAUAUUUUUAAGGAUGUUUAAAUGAAUAUUUUAAAUUGUAAAACAGAAAACUGAAUAAAAAUUAUAGAUAUAUAUUGUAGAUAAAUAGAUAGAUGAUAGAUACAACCUGACACUGUAAUAAAGCAAUUGGGUAGAAUAGGAAUGGGAACUGGGCUUUCAUACUUUGAACAGCUGUGGAGAAGACAGCAUUUUGGCAGGUGCACUUCAUCUCAGCGGCUUUAUGACACAACAAGUGUCGCCUGCCCAAAAAAUGCCUCUUACACAUCCCUGCUAAAGGUACCUGAGCCCUGGUCAACUUACAUGGCAGUAAACAAGAAUCGACCAGGAAGUAACUGCAGCUUGUCUGCAGCGGGUGCAGCAAGGUGGUUACUAUGGCAACCACCAGGAAGUCAGCACAGCAAAAAUGUAAUGAUUGUUACUCCCAAUGACCACUAUAAGCUCUCAAGGAUAUAUAUCCCUGUCAUGGAAACCUGAGGCCAACAUGAGUCCUCAGCUUUUUUUUCUACAACAGCCAGAAAUCUUAGGGAUGCACAAGUUCCAUUCCAGAAUUGUUUGAAGGUGUCAACAUGUCUUUGGUUUCCACUCUUGUUGAAGCAGUCGGAGAAAGAAAGAAGUUUGUAUGUGUGUGUAUUAGUCUGUAGUGAACAUUCACCUUUUUUUGAAUAAAUUUUAUUAGAACUUAUAAAGAGAGAUAGGUAUAAAACUUAAUACCAGAUAUCUUUCUUAUCCAAUGUUAAUCUAAAUAAAUUAAAAACAUAAAGGAAAGGAGGAGGAAAGAAGAGGGAGGGAAAUGAGAGAAAACGAUAAGAAGUCUAGUGAACAUUCUCUGCUGGGACAGGAAAGCCUCCCCUCAAGAUCUCAGGGUAAAAAGUUUAUGUUUGGGGCAAAGAUUUGGGGAGCGUUCUUUAAUUUGCAAUGAGAGGAGGUGGCACAGGGGUCCUCUUCAUUUAUUUCUUUUUUUAAAAAAAGAACAUUUUAAUGUCCAAACUCACUCAGCUGUGGCACACUUUGAAAACUGGCCAUGUGGCUGCCCCCUGCUCAGAGAACGUGACCCUUUUCUCUCUUCCAGUUAGUGCCACAGCCUGGAAGAGAAAGGGGAAAGUUGAGGGGCACAUUAAGGGAAGAAUGAUGGCUACUGAAGGUUUGAAUUACACUCCAGGGGAAAAAAAAAUAAUUACCAGUAAAGCAGAGGCACCAAAGACUCUUUAUUUUUUCCUUGUGCUUUUGGUACUUAGCAUGAAAAGUGGCACUUCCUCUUUUAGUGGGACAGGAUAUUUGGUCCUGCCUUUUUGUUUAGCUGUAUUUUUAUCUCUCUUUCCUCCUGCACUGCUGUGUUCUUAGGUUUUUAUUAUUGUUGGGUAUAAGUUGCUUUGUGUUACCUGGAACAAAGCUAACUCAUUAUACCACAGCUACGAGUGACAUGAAAUUCAUUCAUGAAUGCAAUAGGCAAGCAGUUCUUCAGGGAAACUUGUCAGCCACCACUGACCUUCCAAAGAACCCGAGUUUGCUGGAAAAUAGGUUGGAUUUUUAAAAAUUGCAGCCAAGAGAAAAGGUCUCUUGCCUGCAUCUGCAUUCUAGAAAUGCAACAAAGACCUUGCUUUGAUGCUAACAAAGUUUCCAUUACCGAGUUCUUGAUUGGAAUUUCACCCUGUGUUACUUAGUCUGAUUUUGUUUGUUUGUUUGCUUGGUCUAGCUAUCAGAAGAGAUUGGAAAACUUGAAGAUAAAGUAGAGUGCGCCAAUAAUGCUCUGAAAGCUGACUGGGAUAGAUGGAAAGAAAGUAUGCGUCUUGAUAUGAAACUGGCUUUUGGCGAUGUUGCAGAAAAUAAUAUCCACUAUUAUGAACAGGUAAGUGCACUUUUAGAAAAGCGUUGUGGGAUUGUUUGCUUUCUCUGUACAGUUCGCUAAGAAAAGAAACCAUUUGUAAUGCAGCUUUAUAUUCCAACAUAGGCCUUUCAGCUAGCUGCUGUGAGCUUGAACUGCUUCUGAGUUGACGGCCAACAGAGGGCAGUCUUGUUUUACAAAGUGCAAGGAUGGAAGGAUAUAUUUAUCUUGCUUCAAGAGAGCUGCAAGCGUUUAAGACAGGAAAACUUUGCCUUCCAGGGCUGUGUAGAAGAAGACGGCAAGAUCUGAAUAGUAGAUCCAUCACUGAGCGCUUUAGUUGAUUAAUCAGUAGGCCAAAUUUAAAUUGGUGUGGCUGAGAUGGAAAUUAGUGUCAGCUUCAAGGUAGAGCUGCCACCUCUUUUACUGGACUUGUUCCUAUUCCUUAAACAGCAACCCAGCAUGAAGAGAUCAAACAAAUUAAGCUAUAAUAAAUAAUAAUAAUAAUAAUACAUUUUAUUUAUACCCCGCCCUCCCCAGCCAAGGCCAGGCUCAGGGCGGCUAACAACCAAUAAUAAAAACAAGUUGAAUAAAUACAACUUAAAAACAAGAUUAAAAUGCAACAUUAAAACAUUAAAAUGCAGCCUCAUCACAGGAGGAGAAAGGAAAAAAGAAAAAGGGGGAGGGAAUCAAAUUGAUUCCAAGCCAAAGGCCAGGUGGAACAACUCUGUCUUACAGGCCCUGCGGAAAGAAAUGAGAUCCUGCAGGGCCCUGGUCUCAUGAGACAGAGUGUUCCACCAGUCCAGAGCCAGUGUUGAAAAAGCCCUGGCUCUGGCUGAGGCUAAUCUAACUUCCUUAGGGCCCAGGACCUCUAGGGUGUUGCUUUUUAUGGACCUUGAGGAGCUCCAUGGGGCAUACCGGGAGAGGCGGUCUCGUAGGUACAAGGGUCCUAUCUCUUAUCUCCAUACAAUAAAAAAAAGUUUUGCCUGUUAAACUUCUGAAUGUCAAGCUGUUGUUAAAGACACUGGGGUAGGGCAAGAGGGGGGAGACUAAUAGAGGGUCACACUUGUUUUAUUUUCUUAAAGCCAUUGGCUGCAUUCGCACAUCACACUAAACUAUGGUUCUGCGUGACAUAUAUGAGCAGGGACAAGUUGCAGGAAGCCUCGAACUCGGAUGCUCCUCAUCUCCCCUCUCUUCUUCCCAUGCAGCCAAGAGGAGGAGUGUGAAAACCUUUGCUUCCACUUUUAGUUGACUAAAGUUUGCUGUGCCAUUUGCUCCUGGAAUUAUGGUUCACCUUAGGUAUGAAUUAGUUUUAACAAGCCAGCUUCAGUUUGGAGUAGGCUUGUUGGAAGCUGACCAGAUGUUUACAUUAGCCACAAUUUGUCAUACCAGGCAACACGGCAAACUAGAUUAACCAAAAGUGAAAUUAAAAGCUUCCAACCAGCCAUACACGAGGAGAGAGGAGCAUGAAAGCUCAAGGCUUGUUGCAGCUUGUCUCUGCUCUUUCAGGUCACAGUAAACCGUGGUUUAGUGUGAUGGUCAGAUGUGACCACUGCAAUAAGGAGUAUAUCAUAAAAGAUAUCUAACUAUGAAUGUCUUACAUGGAUGUCUUCUGUUUGCUGCAAAAUGCUAAGGACCUGAUCCACAGGAAACCUUAAUGUGGCACCCCCUUGCCAUCUAAGAGCUUUUUGCAGAAAUAAGUAAGUUUAACUAGUUUUCUUUGUGAAUAAAACCAAUUGAAUGGAGCCUUUGAACAAAUGAAAUUACCAUACAAGGCACAGCUCUUUUUUUCUCCCCCUUAACAACCUUGAAAAGGAGCCGUGCUAUAUUUUCUGACUGAGAGCACCGUAUUAAUUAGUUCCUUUAAAAAGAUAGAGAGAGUCUCUAUACCUUGUUGUAUUCUAAUAUGGGUUUUCCCUAAUAUGAAUGGCUUUCAUCUGACCUCUCAGUGCUGAAUUUACAAAUGCUUUCAACAUAAUGUAAUUAGAAAGAGAGAGCUCUUGAUUAUCAGGUCUGUUUAAAUUUGUCUAAGAGAGGCACGGGGCAUUGGCAAUCUGCUCCUAUAAAUCAAGAUCAAAACACUUCCUCGUAUCUGAAGCUUUGCUGCUUCUUGACAUUUCCUUAGCUUCCUCCUAUCCACUCAUGACUUUUGGAUUUUCCUAUCAGAGAUGCAUGCCCCAAAGCUAGUCAUACAAAUGUUGUGCUCUAAAAUUAUUAGACUGUUCACAGACUGGUCUUGAGGCAGUUUGGGUUUUUCGUAGGAGGAAAAAAGGAUCUGCAACCCAAACAUAAGCAUUUGCUUUUGAGUAUCUCUGUGAAUUCUUACAGUGGCCUCCUUACAAUGCCCACCAUUGCACCAACUCUCCAGUAUUAUUACGAUGCAGUGCCAGUGCACAGCUCUCAAGAUAUUUGAAGGUGGCUAACCUGUGGUUCUCCAGAUGUUGUUAUAUGGCAGCUCCCAUCACCACCAACCAUUGGCCAUGCUGGCUGGAGCUAAUGGGAGCUGGAGUCCCAACAACAUCUGCUCUAACCCAUCCCCAGCAUUUAUAUGCUGGUGCAACUGCUCAGAACUGGGCUAUCAGACUGAUAACAUGAGAAGGAGCUAAGGCAUAUUAAUUCCCUCUCCCUUCCUCAGCUGAUCUGCAUGGAUGUGCAAGGAAGGGUGUGUGUGUGUGUGUGUGUGUGUGUGUGUGCAUAUAUAUGGUAUGCAUGAGACUCUGGGCCACACCCACUGCUCAGGCCAAAAAGAGGUUCUCCAGUCUUGCCUUUAAAAGGUUUGUCACAUUAGACAUGCCAGGAAAGAUUGUCAGACUUUGGGGCCUCAGGGAACUGUCUUCAAACAGAGGAGAGAAUGCUACACGCCUUGACAUUUUUCUUUGGCUUAGAUCAAAAUCCAAGCUGGAAUGGAAUUUCUGGCUUCCCCACCAUCUCCUGCUUUCAACGGGUCACCUAUACUCCCACAGAAUCUCGUCAGGGUGACAAAAAAGUAGGGGGGAAAUGCUCUCUUUUGCUUUUCUUCCAGGUUGCCAGUGAUGCUAGAGGAAGGGAAGAUGAAAAGCGUGUGCCCGGGCAGCGGUGGGGUGCUGGCAAGGGGAUAGAGCGACGCUUUUCCGAGAUAGUUUAGGAACGGCUGGGGAAAUUUAUUUGUGAUUUCACCAUUUAUUUCCAGGAAACUUUGGAGGGCUCCUGCACCAAUCUGAGGAGAGCCUCAGCAGGCUUGCCCAUCUCUGCGUCUCACAGAUGUGCUGUCUCCGUAACCCUCCAUCAACCUUCUCAUGUAUACCAUAAUUUAUUGUGCCCUUUGUGUAGAUGGGGAGCUGAGCCUUGCCUACAGAAACCUAGUGACCUCUUAGGUAGACUGAGAUUUGAACCAGUGAUUUUUUGACUCAGGGUUCAUUCUCCUAGCCACUAUGUUGCACUUCCAUUUACCUGCUGGUAUCAAAUGCAUGCAAAAAUCAUGGCAUGUAUUCUGGGUGAUGAUACUCCCCCCCCCCUUUAUUACGUUUUCAUUUAUUAAAUUUAUAUCUUGCCCUUCCUCUCAAAGGAGUCUAGGGUGGCAAACACACCAGUGAAAAAACAAAUGCUAUUUAAAGCAUUUAAAUGCAAUUAAAAGUAUCCAAAGAACAUUUAAGAGCAAUAAGCACAGUAAAACAUUAAACAGAUUUUUUUAAAAAGGGUGUCUUUGGCACAGACCCCCUGAGAUGUUCAAAGAGGUUGCAAUGGCCCCUUUGCUUUGUGUUUAGUUCCUUUUAUUGCCUUGGAUUCCAUCGUAUCACACAAGUAUUUCUAAAACGUUGUUUCCCCUUUGUUAAGUCUGGGGUAAAGAUGUGACCUCAGAGUUGUUCCACAUGCUUUCUUAGGUACGUUUGCCUGAGGAUUUUUGCUGUCAGUCUGUCGAGCCCCAUUUAGCUAGUCUGGAAGAAUACGUCUCAUCCACCUUAAGCCAGAUUAAUGCUGUCACUGUAUGAAGUACUUCAACAACAGAGCGUACCUGCAAACUGAUCUGCACAGAGCGAAAUGGCUUACAAUGAGUUGCAGGGCUUUGUUGACACUGUAGCAGUCCUGGCAUUGCCAGCCAGAGCUGGAAAUGUCCCCUGUCUGAAACACUGGAGAGUGUGGACAAUACUAAGUUGGAAGGAGCAAUGAUUUGAUAAAAGUCAGCCUCCUAUGCAUAACUAUUGAUACCUAAGCUUUUUUUUUUGCCAUGUAGUGGAAUUCUAUUCUGGGUGCCUAAAGCUGGUCUAGCAAUGCAGAAUGCUAUCAACAUUUUGUUGGACUGUGUAGCGAAUGCCCCACUGGUUUCAACUAGCACUAUCAAGCAAUAAGAUUUUUUUUAAUGAUUAGCAGUACAACCCCAGAAACGCGGAUAGCGCUAUGGGUUAAACCACAGAGCCUAGGACUUGCCGAUCAGAAGGUCGGCAGUUCGAAUCCCCGUGAUGGGGUGAGCUCCCGUUGCUUGGUCCCAGCUUCUGCCAACCUACCAGUUCGAAAGCACAUCAAAGUGCAAGUAGAUAAAUAGGUACCGCUCUGGUGGGAAGGUAAACGGUGUUUCCGUGCGCUGCUCUGGUUCACCAGAAGCGGCUUAGUCAUGCUGGCCACAUGACCUGGAAGCUGUAUGCCAGCUCCCUCGGCCAAUAAAGCGAGAUGAGCGCCGCAACCCCAGAGUCGGUCACAACUGGACCUAAUGGUCAGGGGUCCCUUUACCUUUACUAGCAGUACAACCCAGGCUUCCGCUUCCCCCGCCGGAAAUCACUGAAACUCAGUUCUGACACCUCUCAGGUGGACACCAUUGCACCCCAGUGAUCAGGGAUGAUAGGAACUGUAGUCCUAAAACAGCUGGGGACACAAGUUUGGGGAAACGGUGUGCUGGCCCUUCUCACAUUGCCAACAAUCCUGUUUGUGUCUGAGUUAGGAGCAUGAUUCUCCACUUAGACCGUUAGCAUUGUGGACAUUUCCCUAUGCAAAGAUUGAAAACAUGCAGACUGACUUUAUAUAUAUUUGCAGAAGAAGCCAGCUGCUGAUCAGUGUCAAUUGCACCCAUCCGGAGCCAAUCUAGAAUUUGCCCCUCUGGCUCAGUGAAAAAGGCAGCUAGGCCACAGACUGGUUUGUGACACAGCAGCAACCUGUAUGUACCAAUGAAUGAGCCAUCGCAGGCAGAACUUCAGUAUCCUCGCAAAGCACAAUGCCUUUCAUUGUAAUCAGUCAGAUAUUCAGCUGCCAGUUGCCAAGUGUGGAGUAAUCAUACAAUGAGAAAUCAAAUGCUGUGCCUGCAUCCCUCAGAGGCUGUGUAGCAGGUGUCUUUUAAAUGUGUGUGCGUGUGCGUGACACACACACAAAUCCCACACCGUGGUGGGUAUUAUAAAAAAAACAACAUGGAUGCACAAGUGCAGCCUGCUUGACAAUCAAAAGAACAGCACGCUGUUCACAAACCAGCAGGUAACCACCACUAUUGUGUUUGUACUGUCACAUAGCAGCAGGGCUUCCCCUGCGACAAGAACAGAUGAGUUUUCUGCUGUUCUCCAUAGCGCUCCAUAUCUAUAAUGUUUAAUUCAUCAUUUUGGGGGGAGAUAGCUUCAUUAGCCAUUGCAGCAUCUUGCUGGAAGGGGUGUACGUCCAGAAAAACGUGUCAAGCAGUUUUAAGUCGAGAUGAAAUCAGUAGCACUCAAAAGCAAGGCUUACCUGUAUAUACUGCUCAUUUCAUGGAGAGAUGAUAGCCUGGGAUGAGUGUUGUAGAAUGAGGAGUUUGCACAGGAGAGAGUACACAGCCCUGGGGGUUGUUGGCAUUUGUCAGUCUCAAAAAAACAACAGAGGGAGCCUCUGGGGGUGAAGUCAAACUGUUGCGUUAGCAGCACUGAAGUGACCUCCCUAGGGUGUGGGGCCAGAAGUGUGUAUGGAGGUCCCAGGCUGCCCAGAUGACAAGACUCCCUCUUAGCCUCGCUGAUAUGGUCCAAAAGAAAUGAGAGCACUACUUUUGGCACCAGCUUGGCUGCAAGAGUUGCCAAAGGAGGCGUACAAGGAGCCAUUUAACCAUAUUAGGAGCUCCACUCUGGAUUUGUGUAGGGUUUACUCCUUAGCCCCUUCUUCUCUCACAAGACAGUAGAGGUUAGGACCAGAGUUUUCCUUCACCUAGAGGAGCUCCCUUCCCAUGUUGAUGAGCCCCUUCUGCCCCUCAACUCCCUCUACAGCACAUGCAGAACCUGCCUUUUUGACCACUGGGCCCACCAUUGGUCUCGCCCACUCAACCUGCCAGAGCCUGUCUUCACACGGAGGGGAAGUCCCUAACUCACUGAGGUUUUGAGACCCCAUUGGCUACCCUCACCAGCCUGUGUAUGGGGUGUUAAAGGAGGGGUAGUUUCUCUGGUGGUUUCUUCAUGCUGCUUCUGAGAUAGUUUGUCCACCUUUGGUGUCAACCCUGCACUCAGCUCUCACCAGUGGCUCCUAGAAGCUGUCAGCAUGUGACGGCAGCCACACCCCAUGAAUGGAACAGCUCUCCCGGUAUGACCCGCAGAGGACCUUAAGGUCCAUAAAAAGCAACACCCUAGAGGACCCGGGCCCUAAGGAAGUCAGAUUAGCCUCAACCAGAGCCAGGGCCUUUUCAACACUGGCUCCAGCCUGGUGGAACGCUCUGUAUCAUGAGACCAGGGCCCUGCAGGAUCUGAUUUCUUUCCGCAGGGCCUGUAAGACAGAGUUGUUCCACCUGGCCUUUGGCUUGGAAUCAACCUGAUCCCCUCCCCCUCUUUCCUUUUUCCUUCUGUGAUGAAACUCCUAUUUGGGGACUUCCCUGGCUUUUUUCUGGCCCAUGUAGAACCAGUCUGGAUAGUUGGCCUUGGUGAAGAUUUGACGUUUUCAUCCCCCAAAAGUUUUUGAUUUGAGUUUCUACUGAAAUGAGGCUGCAUUUUAAUGUUGUAUUUUAAUCUUGUUUUUAAGUUGUAUUUUAAUCAAUUGUUUUAUACUUGGUGUUAGCUGCCCUGAGUCCGCUCUUAGCUGGGGAAGGCGGGGUAUAAAUAAAAAUUAUUAUUAUUAUUAUUAUUAUUAUUAUUAUUAUUAUUAUUAUUAGGGGUGGGGUAGCAAUGACUUUAGAAGUAAUACCCAAUGGUGGAUUUGUUCUUCUGGUUCCUUCUGAUUUUUAAACAGUGCCCCCUAUCUACUGCAGCUCUGUUUUAGAGUCCCCAUACUUCACCUUGCACAUGGCAGAUAUCGGAUUCAACCCAAUUGUUUUUUAAAAUAAAAGGUUUAUAACUUGCCCUUCAUCCGAGUGGCCUACACAGGGUUAUCCCACUUCCUCUUCACAGCAACCCUGUGAGGAAUGUUAGGCUGAAUAAAAGUGACUGGUACCUGUUGAGUCUUCACAGCUGAGCAGAGAUUCUCAUCAAGCCCUCCUUGCAAGGUUGCUAGCACCACACAAAAUAGCUCAGGACAGUGGGGGGGGGCAGGGAGAGCAUGACUUCAAGAAGAAAAUAUGUAGGGGCAGUUUCGUGGUGGUGGCCACCAUAUGUAAUCAUGUGAGUACAGGGGAAUCCUUGCAUACAUGGGUGUUCUGUUCCGGGUCGCCAUGUGUGACAGCGGGACACAUGCAAGUCAGUUGCAGCCUGCUCCACUCCUGCCCUGUCUCCUUCCAGCACCAAAACCAGCGCACACACAUCAGCAGUCGUGUGUGGGCUGAUCGCAAGCAAGUGGGGAGGCUCCUGUAUAUGCAGGAGGUAGUAGCCACAUCCAUUUUUCCUUGGCUAUAAGGUAAAGUAAAGGUAAAGGACUCCUAGACGGUUAAGUUCAGUCAAAGCUGACUAUGGGGUUGUAACACUCACCUCACUUUCAGCUGACGUUUGUGCACAGACAGCUUUCCGGGUCAUCUGGCCAGCAUGAAUAAACCACUUCUGGUGCAACAGGACACCGUGGCGGAAACCAGAGUGCACGGAAACGCCAUUUAGCUUCCCGCCACAGCAGUACCUAUUUAUCUACUUGCGCUGGUAUGCUUUCAAACUGCUGGGUUGACAGAAGCUGGGACAGGGCAGCAGGACUCCAUCAUGGGGAUUUGAACCACCGACCUUCCGAUCGGCAAGCCCAAGAGGCUCAGUGGUUUAGACCACAGCGCCACCCGCUUCCCUUGGCUAUAUCCACCGCUGGCAUGUAGGCCCUAAAGGGUUGGACAAGAAGGACUGCAUCCCUCAGGCGGAGUAAAGUUCUACACCCUUCCCUUAGAGUUAAGACAAUCUACAGUAUAAUGGGCAUAUAAUCCUUAACUGUUCAAGGGUCACAGUUUAAGGAAUUCUCAGAGGCAGACAUUGUCUCCUUGUUUAUUAUAUCUCCUAAGUCAGGAUUGUGGAACUGCCAGCUCUCAAUGACCACAGGGCAGAAGCGCUGGGCAGAAACUUCCAAGCCAGGGAGACAGGUGAUCAGGAGGUACUAUCCAGUGUCUCCAGCAAUAUACAAUAGAUAGAUAGAUAGAUAGAUAGAUAGAUAGAUAGAUAAGGUAAAGGUAAAGGGACCCCUGACCAUUAGGUCCAGUCGUGGCCGACUCUGGAGUUGCGGCGCUCAUCUCGCUUUAGUGGCCGAGGGAGCCGGCGUACAGCUUCCGGGUCAUGUGGCCAGCAUGACUAAGCCACUUCUGGCGAACCAGAGCAGCGCACGGAAACGCCGUUUACCUUCCCGCUGGAGUGGUACCUAUUUAUCUACUUGCACUUUGAUGUCCUUUGAAACUGCUAGGUUGGCAGGAGCAGGGACUGAGCAACGGGAGCUCACCCCGUCGUGGGGAUUUGAACCACCGACCUUCUGAUUGGCAAGUCCUAGGCUCUGUGGUUUAACCCACAACGCCACUCGUGUCCCUAGAUAGAUAGGUAGGUAUCCAGCAAUAUAUGGAACCAUUGCAGGAAUCAGGUGCACCAUUGUAAGAACAAGCAAUACCAAGGAUGAACACCAUGUAGACAUCAGCUUAAGUAUGAAGCAGAAUUGGUUCGAAGAAGCACAUUAAAACGGCUCUCAUUUAUAACUGACAAAGCAAGACAUUUUAAAAUUAAAAUCACAGUAAGUGACUCGCCUUUGAAGCAACAGUGUAGCGCUUCCUUUCAACACAAAGAUUUAGAGCCUCUUUUACUUACAUAAGUUAUUCAAUUUUUAAAGCUUAUCCACAUUUAUGUAACCAAAUGUGUGUUCCAAAAUUCAGAUCCUUCUGUGGCUUAUUUUGUUGUCGGAGAUCAGAGCUCUGCUCCAGCUGACAAGAUAUAUAAUUAACCAUACGAAUACAAAAGUAGGUCUCUGUGCCUCAGGCUCUCCAGGCCUUUUCUUCUGCAAAAACAUCAGCUGCAAAAGUGACAUUACUUUUGAGGCAUUCAUUUGAGCUACUCUGAAAUUAUUCCAUUCCGCUCCCUUAGCACAGAGCGGGGAGGUGGUUGAUUCCAGAUAAAGGACCUUUAGCACAAACUCACCAAAGGAGUGUAAAAUGUUAAGACGGAGUUUAAUUUUAACGUGUGGGAUUGGAUUUGUAAUUUACGGAUCUAAUUACUCAUAAAACUGUUCUGGGUCACAGGGAAAGGAUAACGACCACAAAAUGAAAGAAGCUUGCCUGGAAUGACAUAUUACAUGGGAAUAUCAUUGCAAGUUACAACAUAUAAACCAGAACAUCAGCUAUAGGGGGAAACCCAGAAAGUGUUUUAAUUUUGCAUGCAGCUGUGCCUAAAGAUCAUUAGCAACUGCAAUAAUUACACCAUAAUCCUGUCUGGUGCAUCAGCAAGUUCUAUGAAGCAUUUACAAAUGUGAAGUAAUUUCUGAUCCAGUGCAGUGCAUUUUCGCUCCAUUCUGUUAGCUGGAGAGCAGUAAAGUGUUCCCUUAGCCAGUGUUACAUGACAACAUUGCAGCCCUUUCCACAGUUGUGGCUACUGUAAAAUUGAUCCACAGUCUGUCUUUACAGUCAGAUAGACUGGAGGCUGUGGUCCAACUGGGACCUCCGCUAUAUGCAUGGAAGAUCACACUGUUGUAUAUUUCUUAGUUGCUGCCACCUCUGUUUCUGUAUUCAAAAUCAUUAGCACAGAAUCAUUGCCCACGGGGGGUAGGCAGACAGGGCAAUCUACUUAGCAAUACCUUGAACUCCUGUACAGUGGAACCUCGGUUGUCAAACGUAAUCCUUUCCGGAAGACGGUUCGACUUCCGAAACGUUCGACAACCGAGGCACAAUUGCCGGUCGGCAAAUUCCUUUUUAAAAAUGGAGAAAUGUGCCUCAGAAGCUGUUUGACUUCCGAGGCACGUUCGAAAAUGGAAGUAUUCACUUCCGGGUUGUCGGCAUUUGGGUUCCAAAUUGUUCGGCUUCCAAAGCGUUCAACAACCGAGGUUCCACUGUAUUCACAACCACCGGGGCUAGGAACCAACUUGGUCUUUAAUUUAGAAACAGUUUCAUGAGAAGCUGAACUUUGCACCUUGUACUGUUGGAUAAAUUUAAAAGCGGUUCCUACACUGGAGGCAUACCUCCCAUAAUCCCAAAAGAAAGCGAUGCCAGCUUCAAGUGAAAGCAAUGCUUCUUAUUAUACGCAUGAUUUCUGCUCACCACUCAAAGGAUCACAGCAAUCUUAGCCGUUGUAACCCAGCAUCAUUAUCCUGAACCAAUCAAAAUUAUUUAGAUCUUCAGAUCAGCCCUCAUCAUAAUACCAUGUGGAUUACAUAGAAUCAUUUUCAGUGCUAUUUUUCUAGAAAUAAUGGCGCUGGAACUCGCCAUGAGCAUCUUCCUUGUUCUCUUACAAUGGCAAUGGCUCCCAUCUGAGAGGUGCCGGAACUGAAUUCCAGCUGAAAAAAAGCCCUGAUCAUUUUUCAACGGCCUUCUUUGACUAAUUUUCCUGCUUACUAAAUAUCCCCCAGUAUCUUCUUUCAUCUAUCUUCAAAACAAUUCAAGAUUAAUAGCAAUUUCCAUGCCUAGCCGAUUCUCUUUUUCGUGCACACAAUUGACGCUCAAAGAUUCAAACAAGAAAGCCCGCAGUUUAGCACUGAAUCAGAACAAACAGCAAUAGGAUUUCCCAUGAGUUGCUGUUUCUUCUGAUUUAGCACUAGAGAGCGGAUUUUCUGGGUAAAGGCAGAGGGAAAGGGCAAAACCGCUCAGAUCUGUGUCUAGAAAGCACGGGACAGGCGCAAAACUGCUUGAACCCGUGCUUUCUAGGCACAAGGCAAGCAGAUCUGUGAAUGAGCCUGUGUGCUUCAUGACUAAAGAGCAAUGUGUAAAAGUUGUAAAUAAAUAAGGGGUAGGCCUCUGUGCUUUUGAGAGGAAGGCAAGCUGACUUUUUUAUAUCCUUUGCCUAAAGAGCUGCCAUCCAUAGAGCCAGUAUUCGUUGACCUUUUAUUGUAGUGUGAUCAAGACUGUAAUAAUCAGUGCAGACCUUUUCAAGUUAAAAGUACCUAAAAUAAGCAGCCAGUUACCAGGAAUCGAUUUGCUGAACACGGGCAAAGCAGCUACUUGUCAGAAUAAGCUAUGGCCCUGCUCAUCACUCCUUGUGGUUUUUAAAUGGACAUAAAAUGUUGCUCUCCUUAGGAAAAUUAAUGGGUCCUAACAUUUCACCCUACUGCUUGUUUUAUAUUACACGCUCAUCAAGACAUUUGAACAGGUUUGCAUGACUUCAAUUUAAUUUCCCCCCUCUUGUUUUAAGUGCCUUGCUACCUGGGAGUCCUUCUUGACAUCUCAAACAGACAUUUGCUUGGAAGAACCUGAAGAUCGGCAUUGACUUCCGCCAGCAAGGACCUGUUCCUUAAUCUUCUUCUGAAAUAUGUCUAGCCAAAGAAGUUCUCUGCCUAUGAGAUCAAAUCCAUUUUUCCAUAGAACUGUUAAGAUUCUGUAACAUGUAGAAAACAAACCUAUUGAAGUCUCAGGUAUUCUACAGUCCUGGACUAUAUUUUGAAUCAUGGUAUAUAUCUAUAGAGGAGGUGAGGGUAGUGUUUGGGAUGUAUUGCUAAACCAUGGUUAAUGUUAUGAGGAUGAGAUCCUGGAAGACAUUGGAAGGUUUUGAUCAACCACAUUAUGCCAUAACCCUAAACUAAGGCUUGUUAAAAGCAUCGUUUGGUUAUUAAACCACGGUUUGAAGAUGGUCUGUUUCAGCUAACCAUAGUUAAGAUUCACCACGGUUUGUUGGGUUUGGAUGAUAAGCCGCAGUUAAUCAAAAAUGGAACAAAAAUGCCCAAACUCUCCCUCAUGGCUGUGCUGGAGGAAGGAGAAUGCAAGCCUUAGAACCCUCAUAACACAAAAUCAUGGUUUAGCACUGGAUCCAAACUGAGUCAGAGUGAGAGUGAGAUCUGUUUUUAUUUUUACCAGUUUUGUGCAUUUAUCUGGUUUUUCUUUUAAAAUACCCUGUAAUUUGGAUAUAAAAUAUUUUAAAUAUGUAAAAAUAGCUCCAUUUUAAUAAAUAAAAAUUAAGAGGAUUUUC